AUGAAAACUGAGGGUUCUACUACGCAUGGGAAGACUUUAUGGAUUUCAUUAACACUUUCAUCAACUGGAUCAAGUGAAGAAGAGAGAGCACACAAUGACAGAAGGCUUUUUUGGGCGGGGUGAGUAUGUUUCUUCUCAAGCACAACUUGUUAAUCACACAUCCCAAGCGCUUUGCGUUUUCUCUCAAACCUGAAAAUCCGCAUUGAUUUCUCCCUAACUCUCUGCACGCACACACACACACACACACACACGGGCAUACGCUUCUAAUCUUUAUUGCAGGAAUCUUGAGACUUGGGACUAAAAAUAAAAAAGUGUUUCUAUAAAUAGAGAUAAUUAAAGCAGCUUUUAAAACUCCCAAAUAAACGCGACUGCUUUGAAAUAAAAAUGCAUUUUUUAUGAAGAACUCGGUGGGAUUACAAAAAUCACUUAUUUGGAAGAGAAUGUCUCCUAAACCAGAGCAAAAACUGUCUGGGGAGUGCUGCCUGCAGCGCAGAAAUGAUGUCACUAAGGUAGUAAGGCAGUUGCUCACAGACAGCUUUACCACCUUGAGUCGGAGAUAUAGCGACAAAUUUUGAAAUAUAAAAGUUCAUUGUGACAGUUCCUAUAGUCAUGCUCCCAAGGAGAUUGUACAAAAAUGCCAGUCCAAAAUUUUUUCUAGGAUUGGUUUUACUUUCUUCACCCCACCUUUUCCCAAAUAAUUUCAGAAAAGCCUGCAUGCACACUGUACAUUUAAAGCACAUGUCUGCCUCCCAAGAAUGUUGGAAACUGUAGUUUGCACCUCCCAGAACUACAUUUCCCAGGACCUUUAACAAGCUAUAGCCUUCAGGAUUUUUUCAGUGGGGGAGAGCCAUGAGUUUUAAAUGUAAAGUGUGUACGGAGCCAAAGUCUUCAUUUCCCCACACGUGUGCUCUUGCUCUCCAGAAAAAAACAAUUCCACAUGGACUUAAAAGCAUUUCAGAGCAGAAGCCGGUCUGGCCUAGAAUGACCCAAGCUCUGAGGUUUCCAAGUAGAGGCCUGUUUGCCCUGAACUGUUCCAUUGCUUCCUGGGUGACAGGUUUGUAGUUCCUGUUGUUAUGGGAAUAAUCUCACUGCUCACUAACACCUUCCUAUAGCCUUUGCAGACUUCCUGAGAGAACGCUGAGAAACGCACUCACUUUCCUUUGCGCCCAGAACGAGACGGUUUUAGCCAUUUCAGCAGGGUAAGAAAGGAUCUGGGCUUGUUCCUUUCUUUCUUCCCCACUUCCCUCUUUACUAGAAGUCUGUUUGUUCAGCGAGGGAGGGAGUGUGUGAGAGAGAGAAUCUUGUUUUUAAAAGCUCGAAUUGAAGCAUAUGUCUCUUCCCUCUCUGUUCUGUUUCCAGUCUUUGCAGUAGCUCUCAAAAAGAACAGGAGAUCUGAGGACACCAGGAGUUGAGUGGGUUUUUGUUGUUGUUGUUCAUAGCACAAAAUUAGCAAAAUUGGUCUUGCUUCACACACCCCACACCCCUUCCCAUCAAAUGCAUUGUAUUCUCUUUACAUAUGGACUCCAGCCUUCCUUGCAUGUCUCAACUGUUCCAAUUUGUCAGCAUGGUGUAGUGGUUAGAGUGUUGGACUAGAACCUAGAAUAAAAAGGUAAAGGUAAAGGGACCCCUGACCAUUAGGUCUAGUCGUGACCGACUCUGGGGUUGCAGCACUCAUCUCGCUUUAUUGGCCAAGGGAGCCGGCGUACAGCUUCCAGGUCAUGUGGCCAGCAUGACUAAGCCACUUCUGGCGAACCAGAGCAGCGCACGGAAACGCCAUUUACCUUCCCGUCGGAGCAGUACCUAUUUAUCUACUUGCACUUUGACGUGCUUUUGAACUGCUAAGUUGGCAGGAGCAGGGACUGAGCAACGGGAGCUCACCCCAUCGCGGGGAUUCAAACCGCUGACCUUCUGAUUGGCAAGUCCUAGGCUCUGUGGUUUAACCCAUAGCACCACCCGUGACAAAACUCAGUGAUUGACCUUGGGCCAGUCACUCACACAUGUUUAAUAGGCAUGUAAAUAUUAGAAAGCACACAAGAAGGAGGUAUCAGCAAGCUAGAGGGAUGCCCAAGGUUUGCAAAAGUUACCCUCAAAAUAUUUAUUAACUAUUUUAUGACAUUUGCAUGUUGUCCCAUAACAUAAAGUUAUCUAGGCAGCUGGGGGGUGGGCAGCUUAAAUGGAGGGGGAGGAACCCAAGAGAGAUUUAAAGUAUUUUAAUCAAUUUAAGACACUCACUUUACAAGAGUUUUAGCUGAGUGAAUUGACAUACGGUAAAUCUGGCUACAACCACCUUUUCCAAAGGCAAGAAUUGUAUUUUGUUUGUUUUUAGCAGAUGCACACAUCUUAAAGAGGGCCUUCCUUCUGCAUGUGGGAGGAAUGAGAAUACUUUUUCUUGGACGGUGCUUGUGUUCUGCAGUUUUUAUAAGCGUGUGCACCGCAGAUCAUUACAAAAAUCUGCCCAGUUCAUUUACUGUUUUAAAAGUAAGUUAAUAGUCUGAAAGAUCUAUUAUUCUAACCAAUUAAUCAACCACACACACUUGUCAAUGCAUUGUUGUCCCUCCCCAGUGCCAACGAGAUCCAACCAGAUCCGUUCCGGGACUGUAAUUCUGUAAAAGGUUAUUAAGGUAUGAAAAGCAAACUGUUAAUGGUCAUUUUACAAAUGUACCCCGUUUCAGAGGCUGCUGCAGAACAGGCUGUGCAGUGUGACUGAAUGCUGCAGAACAGCAGGCAGAGAAGAACCUUCUGUGAUGUGUGAUAAUUGUAGAAGGAGUUUGUAGGCGGUGAUACUUGGUGUCAGAAUAGAGGUAUUAUAUGUGCUUAAGAGUGUCCCCGUUUUUGUCUGCGGAAUGUUAGCAGCAUAUGCUAAAGAGCUCAGAGAACACUGACAUGGAGUUGUCGAGCAGCCUCUCGUUCCAAGAUAGAAGUAUAUCUGACAUUAUACUCGGGGCCUGGUAUCUCAUUCCAGGUUUGAGAAUUUAAGAGCGUAAAAGCGCUCCUGGAUCAGACCAAAGGCACAUCUAGUUUAGCAUUCUGCUCUCAAACUGGCCAGCCCACAAGCAGGAGUGCAAGAACGCUCUGCCACUUGUGAAUGCCAGCAUUCAAAAGCAUGCCGCCUCUAGGACUGGCAGUAAUACAUAGCCAUCAUGGCUAGUAACUGCUGAUAGCAGCAUACUGUAUAACUUUUCAGUCUACCUGUGAAGUCUUUGUAUUGCUUUUUAAAAGGCAUAACUAGAGCGAGUCAAAUACAUAUUUGUUGUAGCUCGAAGGUUGCAUUUUUUCUUCUUUUUAAUACAGUGGUACCUUGGGUUAAGUACUUAAUUUGUUCCGGAGGUCCGUUCUUAACCUGAAACAGUUCUUAACCUGAAGCACCACUUUAGCUAAUGGGGCCUCCCGCUGCCGCCACACAAUUUCUGUUCUCAUCCUGAAGCAAAGUUCUUAACCUGAGGCACUAUUUCUGGGUUAGCGGAGUCUGUAACCUGAAGCGUAUGUAACCUGAAGCGUCUGUAACCCGAGGUACCACUGUAGAGUCAUACCUCGGGUUACAGACGCUUCAGUUUGUGUUUUUUCGGGUUGGGGACCGCCGAAACCCAGAAGUACCGGAACGGGUUACUUCUGGGUUUUGGCAGUCGUGCAUGUGCAGAAGUGCUAAAUCAUGCUUUGCACAUGCGCAGAAGCACUGAAUCGCAACCCGCGCAUGCGCAGACGUGAGUUGCUAACGUGCAUCCUGCACGGAUCAUGUUCGCAACCCAAGUGUCCACUGUAGUGCAAAUUAGCAAAGGGACCUUAACAGAGGAUGAAUCACCAACAGCAUGGCAUCCAGUUUGGCAUUCUUGGCCCACCCUCUAUAACAUUGGCACAGCCCUACUACAGUCUUGUUCGUUUUAUUUGCUAACUCUUACAUUUGUAUCUCACUUCACCUUCAAGGAGCUCAAGGUCCCUCUCAGCAUUUUGUACUCACAACGACCCUAUAAGGUAGGUGAGGCUAAGAAACAGUGGCUUCAUGUCUGAGUGGGAAUUUGAACCCCGAUCUCCCAGCUCCUAAUCCAAUGUUUUAAUUGCUAUGCCACACUGGCAAAAUGACAGGCAGAAGGGGAUAAUGGGCUACUUCAACUGGUAGGGACUGGGAAACAUCAUAGCUGUGUUUCCAUGAGCCAUUUUGCCUGCCUGCUGAUUAAAACUGCCCUGAACAAUUGGAAUAUUUGCAUUCCUGAUGGCCCUGCAGUCAGGGCAGGACAUGGUGCGAUUACAGAAUCCCCAGCAGUAUUAAUAUAGUCCCGAGAGCAAGGCUCUUGUGGACAUGAUCCAAAACAAAUGGGGGAGAGAAAAAUGAGAUACCGGUUCUUUGUUGUCUUGUUAUUGAACCAGCAUCAGGAAGAGUUACUUCUGUUCUCUCCUCCCCUGCAACCAUCUCUUUUGUGACUUCUCCUUGUACUGCACAAAAGGCGCCUUUGUUACCUUUGUAAGAGAUCAGGCUCGGUGCUGCUCACUGCUGGGAAGCAAUGGGGAUCAGAUAUGAUUGGCUCUAUCUGGAGAGGCAGCAGAGCUCCAGACAACACACACAACCGGCCUGCAUCCGGCCACACUGGUGGAUAGAACAGCUGUGAUUUAGAAUCUGAUGGGCAGUCAAUUUGUGUCAGGCCUUGACACACGGAGACUUUAUUGAGCACCAGCCCAUCGGGCAAUAAUAUGCCGCUGUCUCAUUGCUUAAUAAAAUGAGAGUUGCUCUGUAGCUCUUAUUAAAAAGUGCUCACUGCUGGUGUUUGUGUGCCCAGGGCUCAUUAACACAAUAUUGGAACGGCGGUGUUGUGAUUAAAGCCCGCACCUUCAUGUGCUGAAACUUACAGCGGUGGAACAAUUAGUAGGAACCUCGGGUGUUAAUAGUGGAGCAAAUUGUGAAGCAAAUAUUGCUGAUCCAUGAAGCUAAUCCUUGCUAGUUUUCGGGUUGACGUACAGCAAAGGCCAGCAAUUAGCAGGUCUACAGUCCAUUGAGAGGUGUCCUCAGUCACUGGCCUCUCUUCCCAAAAAAGACACUCCUUUUUCCUUUUCCCCUAUUGGAUUCCCGGAAAUAGAGUGAACGUCUGCACCGAGACAACAUAAAAUUGUAUUGCUCUAUGAUGCGGGGAGCGGGGACACUUUUAAGUAUGUGAAAUGGGAAGGUUGUGUUCCCAAUUCUGCAAAUCAUUUAAUGGCAGGCUGUGAAAGUAGCAGGGGCCAAGAUUUGUCACUGGUUUAGUUGCUCCAACAGUCAUUUUACCACAGAACAUCUCUUUGCGUUGCCAAAUGGCCAUCAGAAGGGAAGAAGGAGAGUGGGGACCACCAUGUGUAACCCCUUAUAUUUUAAAAUGUGAGGUUUACACAAUAACGUCUCACCUAACAGCCAGGAAGAGAGACACUCUAGAUUUAGAUAGACAGCAUGUACCAUCUGUAGGAUUAAUAGGGAGCCGGGACAUCAUUUUGGGAGAGGAAAAGCAUAAGGAAACUUUAUUUUCCUGGAUGCAAACUCUGACCUUCCUGCAUCGUGCCACCUACUGGCCCUUGUGCAUAUGCAACUAACACCACAACAUUCACCUAGUCAUUUCUUUCUUUCCCUUCUUUCCCUUCUUUUUAUAACUAACCCUGUUAAUGCCAAUACAUUGGUAACAGAACAAACUGAUUGUUUGGCAGUAACAGGGCUGUUUUUCCAGGGAUGAAUGCUGUAUUAUCAUUCAUUCUUCUUUGGGGGGUUCAUUUUAAAUAAAUUAUAUUUUUAUGGUUUUAAACUCAAUAUUAUAUGUUGGAAGCUGCUGUGGGAUGGGUUAGCCCCUAAAAGGAGGCCAACAAAUAAAUGCAUUUCAGCAGUGUAUCAAAGAGACCCAUGCCUGCAAUAUGCAUGGCAGAUCCUCCAAGUGUCCCUAUUUAGAGAAGCCAUCUCAGUUUCUGAUUUGAUCCUGGAAUGUCCCGCUUUUCUUUAGGACAUCCCCAUUUUCAUUGGAGAAGUGUUGGGGGGUAUGGCAUGUUGGUAUAUACUCCCAUUCAAUAAAAUGGGAGUAAGGUAAAGGUAAAGGGACCCCUGACCAUUAGGUCCAGUCGUGACCGACUCUGGGGUUGCGGCGCUCAUCUCGCUUUAUUGGUUGAGGGAGCCGGCGUACAGCUUCUGGGUCAUGUGACCAGCAUGACUAAGCCGCUUCUGGCGAACCAGAGCAGCACACGGAAACACCGUUUACCUUCCCGCCAGAGCGGCACCUAUUUAUCUACUUGCACUUUGAUGUGCUUUCGAACUGCUAGGUUGGCAGGAGCAGGGACCGAACAACGGGAGCUCACCCCGUCGCGGGGAUUCGAACCGCGACCUUCUGAUCGGCAAGUCCUAGGCUCUGUGGUUUAACCCACAGCGCCACCCGCAUCCCUAAAAUGGGAGUACCCCCAUGCAAUAACAAUUGCUGGUGCAGGUCCUCCAAAUCAGGACCGUAACACUAGGAGGCAAAGAGCUACAACCCUCCUACAGGUUUUCCCAGCCCUCAGCCAGGGUGUGAAUCCAGAUCAGGUGUUCACAUUGGCUGUUUCAGCCAGAAACAUCCUGCACUCAAAGCCUGGUCAGUGUAUUGUGUUGUCUGGCCAAAGUAAGCAUCCAUCUGUCCAUGUCCAUGUAAGCAUCUGAUGCAGCAAUAGCUCUUAAAUUGAACUUAUCUCCAGGACAGAAGACACAGCGAUAUUAAAUGGUUAAAAAACCCCAUGAAAAAUAAAAGUUGUAGCUUCAGAUUAGCACAUGUUAAAAAGCAGUAAGAUGCAAAAUUUAGAAAUUCAUUCUUUUACUGUCCACCACAGAAUUAGCACCUGAGCGUCAAUUGCAUCAGGAGGAAGCAAAAGAGACAAUAUUUAAGAGAGAACCUACUGAACAAACUUAUCACAACUGGAACAGUGAAAGGAUAGUCUGUAUACAUUUGCAUUUUAGUGUGUGAAGUCUUAACCAUGUGUUUUAACUGAAGGUUGGUCUUUUUGUUUUGCUUUUUGCCACUGAAUCUGUGUGCUACUAAUGGCAGAAGAACAGCCACUUGGCUUUGAUCAAUUGCUGGUCUAUUUUUAAGCUCUAAUCAAUCCAUUAAUCGGUUAAUCAACUCUAUUUACCGGUAAGUGUUUGUAGCUUUUAAAGCAGCAAUUGCAUCCAAGUACCAGCAAACCCUGAAUCUCAACAUGAGGUUUGAUUGAGAAUGCAUUAAGAUACCUUUUUAGAAAGGGAAUAGAUAACUGAAGGGAAACACUUGUGUGCAGCAGCAGCAGCAACCACUGCCUCUAUCUUUCCAAAAAGGUCAAGCAACAGUAGUAAUAUCUGGCAGUGAAAUUCAAAAUUUCCAUAAGGCAAAUUGUGCUAGCAGAUGGGUUAACACCAGGAGCAAAUUCUGAGUAGCAUGGGAAAUGUUGGCUUUUAGAUUAGCGCUGGGCCAAAUUUCUUACUUGAGAACAUUCAGCAAGAUUUUGGGACGGUUCACAUGUGAAGCCAUUCAGUUUGCAUUUCAAGGUGAGUUUGCCUAAUUCGCACUUACUGAACCAGUAAGUGAACUGAAUUGUAGCCAUUCCUUGAAAUUUGAACUUCCCUGAAUUUUGCAAUGCAAUUCUCUAGCCAAGUAACAUACUAGAUAUUCUAGGGUAAAAAUAUGUGUAAAGAUGUACAUAUUAUUAGUGACGAUAACAUACAAAGGGAAAACAGCUUUUCAAAAAUUUCAUAUUUCAUUUUUCAUUCACUUUUUAGAGUAAAAUGUCUCAAAGAAACCUGGCAAAAAUAAAAUGCAGUGUAUUUAAAACCAGAACAAAUUAAGACACUAAUACAAGAUGCAUCAAAUGCUCAUGCAGCAGUAAUUUUGUAAGGACCAAGUACUACUCACCCCACCAAAAGCUGAGCAGCACUAUAGGAGGCAAUAUUCAUUAACCAAAGGCCUGGGUAAUCAGAAAGUCUUAGUCCAACACCUAAAAACUGACUAGAGAGAGCACCAGGCUUGUCUUCCUGGCAAGAGUUUUCCAUAGAUGGGUGGGCCACCACCGAGAAGGCUUGUGUCCACCCUCUGCACUUCCCUCAGAAGCAUCUGGCUGGCCACUGUGAGAACAGGAUACUGGACUAGGUGGGUCAUUGGCCUGAUCCAGCAGGCUCUUCUUAUGUCCUCCCGAAGCGACGUGUCUUUAACCAUGCUUCACUCAUGAUUUUGGCAGGUGUUUUGCUAGUCAUUUUACUAAUAUUGCAUUGAUAAGAUAUUCUACUCUCAUUCGUAGAGCCUGCCUUCCUAUCUCCCCCUUAUCUGCACCAGAGACAAGAAUCGUAUCCCCCCUCCCCCUUGCUAAUGGAAACUAGCAGAAGUGUUUUGCUUCCACAAAGCUUUGGCUCCGUUGGGCUAAAAAUGUCUUUUGCCAUCAGUGGGAAAGGUGUUUAAUUCCUCUCCUCUGCGACAUCUGUAAUGAGCCCCACAGCAUGGCUGCUAGUCUGAGAGGUGCUUUGACUGUAAUAGAAAGCAAUCAGGUUCUCCGGUCCUUCCCCCAUGUGGAGGUCAAAUGCUGAUGAAUGGACUGCCUGGUGUGUUCUCCUCUGCUGAAAGCCUGCGUGCUGCCAGUGGGGCCGACAGAAGUGUAAAUUUUAUUAUGCCAAAAAGUUAUAAAAUGCAAUCCCUAUUCAGACAGAAAGAAGGAGAAGAGCUGCAAGGUAAGAGGGGACACAUGACUAGCCCCUUGAUCACCAAAGAAGCACAGGACCAUUGCGACAUCAGAUCUUUUGUGUACCAAAGGUCAGGUUCUGUCCCUGACAUUUUAAUUUAAAGGAUUCAAAGGGAGCGGGGCUGGAAAAGACCCCCCACUGUCAAAGGCAGUAUGCUUCUGAGCACCACUCACUGGAAACUGCAGAAGGGGGCAGUCCUCUUGCGCCAACAAGCUUCCCAUAGGCAUCUGGUUGGCCACUGUGAGAAUGGGAUUCUGGGAAAGACAAACCAUUGGCCUGACCCAACAGGUUCUUCUUAUGUUCCCUGCCAGACUGAUAAGGCAAGACUGGGUUAGAUGGACACACAGUGGCUGGGCUCUGACAUAAUGUAAAACUAUGGUUUGUGCCAACCAUAGUUAAGAUAAGAAUUCGGUGAAAAUUAAGACUUCAUAAAAAUCACUGCAAAAGCCCCUCCCCCACAUGACCUGGGUUGCUGUGCGUAAGAGAAACCUGGUAGACAAGGAAGAGGCAAGAACAGGUCCAGCUGCUGUGUCAAACCAUGUCUCUGUCUCACAUGCCAGGUCAAUUCCCCCAUCCAUGCUCAAAUCAUGGAUGGCACUGGUCUUAUUAAUCAUUGACCUGGUAUUACACAGCACCACUUUGAGGUCAUAUGGGAUGCCACUGUUGAUACCUGUAUUCCUCUGGCCAAGGCCAGACCUGAAGGCAGGGAUAGUCUUCAGACAGUGACUAUACCUGCCUUCUUGGUAAUGGCAUGAUCUGGCCCUCAAGCAACCCUCCUCCUGCCCAUCAUCACUGAGGUUGGGUGUCCUAUUGCAUCCACCCUAGUGGUACCUGCCCCAGCCAUUAUGUUGGCUAAGGCCCACUCCCGAGGCAGCCUUGACCCUCUGCCCUUAAAAGCAAACUAACUUAUAUGAAACUAAACUAAUAAAAAGUUUACAUGUAACAAUUUCACAAUUUAAAACAUCCCCACCUCCAUUAACGCCAUUAUGGAUACUAUUUGCCUGUUCCCGAGGAAGCAUUUUUUCAUAUCUCUCAAAGUUCAAGAGGCAUGAGAGUUCAAACACACCCCUGUCCCAUCCACAUAUAUAUACAGGAACCAGGCUCUGGAUGAGAAGAUAACAGCAACAACAAAGGCCAUACUUCUCAUUGUACUUCAGGAAGAUUAACCAGAUGUCUCCAUAGAUGGAACCAGUUCUAAGAGAACCAUGAUGCAACUUAUGUUAUUUAUCAAGCACAGUAGGGUCAAGCCUGCUCUUACAGAAGAUCUUUCGAAAGUACAAGACCUUCUGUAUUUGAUUAAUAUCAGAACUUGCUUUGCGAUGCUUCCAGAACUGGUGCCAUCCCAAUUUCACACCACUGUAGUUUCAUAAUGUUGAGCUGAAAGAACGAAACCAUAGUAGCUGCAACGCAGCUUAGACUUACUUUAGAGGAUUUGCUAGUCAUCAUUUCCUCAUCCCUCACAACGCCCAUAAACAUUGUAUAAAUGACGGCCAGCAUUUUUGGCAACCCUACCACAAUUCUAAAAAUAAGAGAAAGUCACUAGUGCGACACACACAGCCUCCCUGGGCUGUUUUGCCUCUACCUCACUUAGGCAGUGAAAUAUACUCAGAGUUGAGAGUGGAUUUUAUGCUCUUUAUUCAGCUCAUAGUGGUGAGGAGGAAUGGAAGUUCCCCCACAAUAUCUGCUUUAUAUACAUUAUUUACACAAUGGGCUGCACGUGAUUGGCUAAUUCUGGGAUUCUCCUGUAGGCCAAUCAGGUUGUGGAUUCACUUUCACCUGGAGCUGGAUUGGGUGGCUCCUGCGGACCAAUCAUACUGCUGCAUUGUUCUAGGACCAAUCAGACUGCUGCAUUCUGAAUCCUAUUGUUCUAGGACCAAUCAGACUGCUGCAUUUUGGAUCCUAUUCAACUCAAUACAUAACAGGCAGGAAGCUAAAGGCUGCACAUUGUAGGUGCAGAAGGCAGAACAAUACCUACAGUAUAACACUCUGCUGUAGCCAAGUCUGUGCCCCACUGAAGCCACAACUCUUUCCCCUUUUCAUUAGCUCUUGUGUCUUUAACAGCAAUGUGUUGUAGAAGUUAGGAGUUGGUGGUGUUUUAACUUUGUGCCAUGCAAAGUUUCACCUGCUGAUUGCUGUGGACCAGGCUGCCUAAGGCACAAAUGUAUGCCAGGCUGUGUCCUACUCACACUGCAACCCCACCACUGGUAUCACCCUGGUCACCUCUGCAUGCCAUAGAUGCUUCAGGCAGCUAGCUAAGCUGCUGCUGGUGGUGGUAGUUUUCCUGUAGCGAGAAAUAAGAACAGUGCAUUAAAUUAUAAAUGGGAUGAUAUUUAAGUAUGCACCUAAAACAUGAAGGAAAGCGGACUUCCCAGGAGGAAGAUGGUGGACUAGAAGGAAAGCUAUUUUUGCACCCAAACCCCAGGGUCUUUUAUUAGAGAAUGUAGGAACUGAUAGAAUCUAAGCCAGGGGUCAGCAAACUUUUUCAGCAGGGGACCGGUUCAAUGUCCCUCAGACCUUGUGGGGGGCCAGACUAUAUUUUGAAGGGGGAAAAAUGAAUGAAUUUCUAUGCCCCACAAAUAACCCAGAGAUGCAUUUUAAAUAAAAGGGAACAUUAUAUUCAUGUAAAAACACGCUGAUUCCUGGACCGUUCAUGGGCUGGAUUUAGAAGGCAAUUGGGCCACAUCUGGCCCCUGGGCCUUAGUUUGCCUACCCAUGAUCUAAGCAAAUAGAAAAAAGCACAGAACAAACAAAAUGAAAAGGCUUGUGAAUUUGAACAGCUUACUAGAGCCUCUCUUCCAUUCGACGACUGUAUUUUCAAAUCAAGUUCCUUGCUUGCUUCACAAUUUAUUGCUACUUGUUGAAGGUAAAAUCAUAGAGCCCUGGCAGGGAGCUAAUUAAUUUUCUUGGGUCCCCAUGGUGGUGUCUUCUCUCUCUUUUCUGUUUUCAAUCUUACUUUACUCAGGGCAAUAGCUCACCGAACUCUUCCGCUGCAGAUUUGACAGAAUAAGCUCCAAAACAAGGACUUUUGGAUACAGCAGAACCAAAUAAAUUAACAAUGGAUCUCUCAUUUCCCCAUACUCUUUGGGGGGGUGUAUAUAAUAGCCUUUCUGGAUUUAUAUAUGAAUAGAUCAUCCAGGAUCAUCAUGUGAAGUAUAGCAUAAUCAUGAAAGGGUCCUGUAUCCUCUCUGUCCGCCACCUAAUAAUAUGCCGGACUGGAACUCAAGUGUUAUGAAAUCUGAUUUGUGAGUAUUUGUGUAUUACUCCCAAAGAUGGCUACACACAUCCCAUUCUCCAAGUGCUAAGAGGUUUUGGGGGCGCCAACACAAACUUUGGGUUUGGUUUUCUUAGAAUGAAGACAGAUGGAGAUCGGUGGUGUUUUCUUUGAUAUAAGGUUUAUGCACACAGAUGUACUGAUUGAGCAUGAGAUGGAAGGCUCAUAGCACUAAUGCUCCUUCUCCUCCCAAUGAGUUACAGGGGUCCCCACCACAGCAUUGGUUUCCUCCGUGUAUCAGUCCCAGUUCCAAACUGCCUGACAAUUCUCGCUCGCAGACACCUGAAUGACAUUACCUCCAGCCAGGAAUAGGGAGAAAGAAAGACAUGUCCAGGAAAAGAAGGGCUUCCAACUAUUUGGUUUCUUCACCUGUACUUGGCCUACUCUUUAUUUAUGCAAAGACUCGUUCUCCAAAGGGCAUCUGGCAGGAUAAGCUUGCUCACCCAAUUUCAUCUCUUUAGCAGUGUCUUUUUUCUUUAGAACACAGUCUUUGUUGUUGUUGUUGUUUAGUCAUUUAGUCGUGUCCGACUCUUCGUGACCCCAUGGACCAGAGCACACCAGGCACUCCUGUCUUCCACUGCCUCCCGCAGUUUGGCCAAACUCAUGUUUGUAGCUUCGAAAACACUGUCCAACCAUCUCGUCCUCUGUCGUCCCCUUCUCCUUGUGCCCUCCAUCUUUCCCAACAUCAGGGUCUUUUCCAGGGAGUCUUCUCUUCUCAUGAGGUGGCCAAAGUAUUGGAGCCUCAGCUUCAGGAUCUGUCCUUCCAGUGAGCACUCAGGGCUGAUUUCCUUCAGAAUGGAUAGGUUUGAUCUUCUUGCAGUCCAUGGGACUCUCAAGAGUCUCCUCCAGCACCAUAAUUCAAAAGCAUCAAUUCUUCAAUACAGGGUAGAGGAGACUCCAAAAACCCAUUAAGCCUAGCCCCAAUCUUACAGUAUUGGGGGGGGGGGGAUUUCUUACCAAAACUGAGAGGUGGUGCGCUCCAUCCUAACUACUCAAUAUAUGUCUGCAGAUCCACAGGUGUUUCUUAAAGGAUCCCCUCAAUUUGUAGCAGAGCUGUUAAAUGUCCUGUUUAAAUAUUCUGCCUGUUUUCCAAAUCUCUGGAUAAAGCUGGGAAAGAUCCUGGUCUGAAACUCUGGACAGCAACUAGCUAUCAGUGUAAACAAUAGCAAGCUACUGCAACAAUAGUCUCUGAUUCAGUAUGAGGCAUUUUAUAUGCCUAAAGAUUUAGAAGUCCCAAUUGCUGAGCAUACAUUCCUGAUCUACCAGACUUGUGAGGCCUUUUCAGUAGUGGCCCAAUAAUAAAUAUAUGUGGCUUCAUCUUCCAUAGUAUUAAAGUACCGUGAAUUGGGUUUUAAUCUUCAAUUUUACUGGUAUUUCAAAUGUUGUUUUGUGGUUUUGAUUAUUUUUUUUAGCUGGCUUUGGAGGCAGUAUCUGAAUGCUUCUGAUAAAUAACUGUCAGGGAACUGACAUCGGAGCUAGAGACGGAGGGAAGGCUCUCAAAUGAUGCUGGAGAAGGGCCCAGCAGGGAGAGAGGCAGCUCAGCAGAUGGGGAAGCAAUUCAGCGCAACACCAGGAAUAAAAAGGGGCUGAUGGGGGAAUCGGCGAGAGGGCUCCCAGACUCUUCACCGGACACCAGCGGGGAGAGCCCGGGUCCUCCGCUACCCACGCCCUCCCUGCGCAGAAGACUUCCGCGCAGAGAAAGUAGAAGGAGACUGGGUGUCAAACAACUUUUAUGUUGGAAAAGGUUUAAGAAACGCCCACUGACGGAUUCUGCUAGUGACUGAGGCAGCCACGAAGUGAAGGGCUGUCCAGACUGAAAGGUUUAACAAGGCAACAAAGCCAGGAGAGGCGGCAACUUACGCACGAGCAACCCAUACUCUUUACAAUAACCAAAGCAACAUAAGCAAGCAAACAAACUGAGUAGUCCUGUUUUCCUUACUCACAUCCACUGUAUGAUGACAAACAAUAAAAAUUGUCAUUCUAAGUAUUUAUUACUUAUGCCCAUUUUUUCCUCUCUCCUCAAGGGUCCCAGAUACCAUGAUCCCAAAGUAUUCCUUGAUGGGGCCUUUCAGAGGACACAUGAGUAUCAAAAGUAGCUGUAAGUACUAAAGCAUUCUUAGCAAAAACAAGUGCUACAGUCUUAUUUCAGAAACACCUUAAUGCUCAUUCCCAUGUUAUUUGCUUCCAGAAAAAACCAACUGGUUUUUGAGGAAAGGGCUUUUAAAUAAUGCUGUGCAGUUUUUACUAUCUUUGAUUUAAUAGGUUUGUUUUUAUAUUGUUUUAAUUCUAUUAUAGUUCAAUUACUUUAUUAUUAUUAAUAUACCACCCUAUACCCGCAGGUUUCAGGGCGGUUCACAAGACAAAAUUACAAUAUAAAAACACAAAAUACAUAAUCAAAAUAUAAAGAGCCGGAUAACCCUCCAAAAACACAUAAAGAUGUUUAAAACAAUUAAAAAUAAUUAAUUUAUUUUUAUAUUAAAAAAACAAUUAAAAAGCAGUUUAAAAGAAAGUAAACAGUACACUCUGCUGGGCAACAGCAGUCCUGUUGUAGUCUGUCAGGCCUGGUGGAGAGAGGCAGGAGCAGGACCCUCAGACUUUCAGCAGGUAAAUUACCCUUUACAGUCAUACCUCCGGUGAAAUAUGCUUCGAGUUGAGCGCAUUUGAGUUGCGCUCCUCGGCAACCCAGAAGUAACGGAGCACAUUACUUCCGGGUUUCGCCGCUUGCGCAUGCGCAGAUGCUCAAAAUGACGUCACACGCAUGUGCAGAAGUGGCAAAAAGCGACGCGCGCGUGUGCAGACGUGCCGUCGCUAGUUACGUUUACCUCUAGAUGCGAAUGGGGCUACAGAACGGAUCCCGUUCGUAUCUAGAGGUACCACUGUAUAUGUUAUUAGCCUUUUUGUCUUUUAUUUGUGUGGUUUUCAUUUGCGUAAGCCGCCUUGAGUCCUUGUCUAGGAUAUUAACAACAGCAGCAGCAACAACCUCAGUAUUAUCCAAGCUGACUGGCAUCACUUCUCCAGAGUUUUCAACACCUACCUUUCCCCUGGAGAUGUGAGGGAUUGAACCUGAGGCCUUCUGCAUACAAAGCAGGAGUUUUGCAGCGCUAUGGCCUUUCCCAAAUGAAACACAAGCCAAAGUGACUCAUCCCAUAAUCCAGCUCCAAGCUUCCAGAAAUGCCACUCGUUUCCUGCUUUCCUGUAUAUGUUACUCAUCCGUUCCAACCAGCAGGGCUGGACUGCUGCAGCCACAAGUGCCGGUGCAAAUGGGGAAUGCAUUCAGGAAAAUUACUUUAAUGGUACCACUUUAACUUGGAGUUGCCGGAAAGGGUUACUGUGACCCACACUGCCCAUCACAUAUGGACACCCACUUCAGAUUGCUUUUAUCCCUGCCUUCCUACCAAAUAAAAAUGCUGGAGCCUAACACUGACAAUUAACAUUGCCCCUUGUUGGCACAAAGCAUUCAACAGUCAAUCACUUUUACAGCUCCAGCUGCCAACGCAGACUUGAACUGACGUAGUGAAGUAUCUGUGGGUGAGAGCCAGCAUUGCACCAGCAGACAUGACAGGCCUUGCCUUCCCCUUGCAGGCCCCCCAUGCCCCUAAUUCUCUCCAGGAGGGGGUCACCCAGCCAUCUGGAACAGAUUGGGGGCACAUGUGGGGGUGCAGGGGGGGAUAAGGAAGUCCUGUUGGCAUGAACAGAAGCCCAUGAAUCAAAUGGACCCACACAGUUGGAUAUUACUCUAUCUUACUUACUUACUUACUUACUUAGGUAGAGCAUUUGUAAUAUGGUUACCAGAUUUUUUUCAAUGAAUCCGGGGACACUUCUUCUUCUUCUUCUUCUUCUUUGAAGCAGAGUAGGAACAGGGAAUCAGUAGUGGGGAUGGUGAGGCAAAAGACCCUGGGCCCAAGCACACAUGCAUAUUGUAUAAGGGAGCAAAGCCCUUCUUUCGCACCCUGUGAAGCUCUGAGUUUUUUUAAAACUGGGCAAAAACUGGCCAACUCCUGUGACAUCUGAGCCUCCCCCGAUCUCCUGCCCACUUCCCCCUUUGUUUUGACUGAUCAGGGGACAUUCCGGGGACGGAAUUUGUCCGGGGACAGAUUUGCAAGGACUGGGGACAUCUGGUAACCCUGGUUUGUAAGCUACCCUUUAGGCAAAAAGAUUGGCUUGCAUACAAUUAAAAUAAGACUGUCCCUGCCCAUAGGCUUACAAUCUAAACACACACACACACACAGCACACAAGGGAGAAGGGACAGAGCAGGAAGACGAACAGAUCUAAUUUGGGCACCAACAAUUAAACAGUUGUUCUUAUAAUAACCGUUGGUGCAGCUGAGGGCUAGGAGGUUCCUGAUACAGGUGGUCUUUCAGCAAAGCUAAUGGAGUGAGCUCUGCUUCCCACCUCUCCCAUGGAGCCAGCCGGAUGCCUCUAGGUGAUGGUUGAGGAAGAGGAAGCCUAAUGGAGCAGGUCGGUCACUGAAGAGCUGGUGGGGUGAGCUCUGCUUCCCAUCUCUCCAAAUUCUGUUUCCAGCAGAAGACCAUUGGUACUGGUAGGGCAGAAUGCAAGGAGGCUGACAGGAGAUUUUUUUUCAAAUGCAAAUUGCAGGCGUCAGGGACCUGACCUGGACCUCAGAGGAGGGCAUAAGGUUAAAGCCUGCCUGUAUUGCAUGUCUGGGUUCCAAUAUAGAUCACGCCCCUGCAGCUGCUAUUUGCAUUUUAGGGAGUGGGGGAGAAGCUCUUACUGCAGUGAAGAUCCACAAUUCUCCAAGGUAUAUAAAACAAAACCUGAAGGAGAAAAAGAAUAUUGUCACUUGUUUUUAUGCAACUGGCCCCAAAACAACCCUCAGCUACAGUUUAAUUUAGUUUAUGGCCAGCUAGUGACCCUGUUUACAGGACUACAGUUACAGUUACAUGAUGACAUCACAUGUGAUGAAUAUUUUAGAGUGGCAACUUUGGAAAGCAGAAGUAAUGGAAGAAGGUAUUCAGAUUUCCCAAACUUUUAUAUGUUUCUCACUUACUCAUUUAAUCUAAAAAACAAAGUCCUGUCUGCAUAUUUGUAGUGCAGUGAAAAUACGCAUGCAUACAUUUCUUUCUGCUUUUCCGCCUCCAUCCCUUUUAAAUCUUUCCAAAUGAAGAUGAUAUUGAAGAUUAAACAACAGCAAGCACCAUGUUCUCAUGAGAGCUUCAAUGGCAGAUGAUACAUAAAAAUUGUGAUUUAAUAAGAAUACAGAGAGAGAACUCAUACAUUAUUUAUUGUAAACUAUACUGACUGAGUAAUCAAACAGGAGUGGAGAAGCUAUGCUGAAUUAUCACUUAUUUUGCUUCAGAUUUCUCAUACAGUGUAUUUCUUUGUGUAAGAAUCCAGAUCUUUCAAAAUAAAUGAAUGUGCAAGAUACUUCUUAAACCCAUUGACUGAAAAAACUUUUUGUUUUCUUAGCCUUUUCUCCCAGUUCUUCAUGCAAGUUGUCAAGCCAGUACAUCAUUCAAGAUCACAUGUCUACACAUUACAGAAAAUUGCUAUCUGCCAGAGGUAUUUGGACUGUCAAAUAAUAAGUGUGUCCAUCAAGCUGAUAGCUACAAUCACAUAACGGGACUUGUUUCUUUGGCGGUUGACUGGCAUCUUAGCAACUGGCAGAAAAACUUAGGCCUAAGAGAGUAUUUCUCAAAUGCAAAACCAGAGUGUGAGAGUACUUUCUAAGGGAUCACAUUUCCAAAUGUUAUGUCUCAAAAUCUUAAAUACAUAUUGAGAGUUGAGUUUUAAUUCCCUGUUUUGUCUAGCAAGUGAGGUAGUCACUACUUAGAACAGGGAUGUAGGUAAACUGUGGUCCUCCAGGUAUUAUUGGGCUUCAUCAACCCCAGCCAGCAUGGUUAGAGAUGGUAAAGGUAAAGGACCCCUGGGCAGUUAAGUCCAGUCAAAUUUGAUUUUGGGGUGCAGCGCUUUCUCCACUUUCAGGCCAAGGAAGCCAGUGUUUGUCCACAGACAGCUUUCCGGCUCAUGUGGCCAGCAUGACUAAACAGCUUCUGGUGCAACAGAACACUGUGUUUACCUUCCCACCACAGCGGUACCUAUUUAUCUACUCGUACUGGUAUGCUUUCACACUACUAGGUUGGCAAGAGCUGAGACAGAGCAACAGGAGCUCACCCUGUCCCACAGGUUUGAACUGCCGACCUUCCGAUUGGCAAGUCCAAGAGGCUUGGUCGUUUAGACCACAGCGCCAUCCGUGUUCCUUGGUAGGGAUGAUGGGAGUUGGAGUCCAACAACUUCUGGGGGGGUCACAGGUUCCCCAAUCCUUGAUUUAGAAAAAAAACAUGUGACCAUGAGCAAAAUCUGUGUUACAGUCCCACCUACAUGAAUGAGAGACGAAGGUGAUGAUGAUGAUGAUUUAUUAUUAUUAUGUCAUGGCAUCUUUUAUUAUUUCCUGGGCCUGUGGGUGUGCUGAUUCCUGGUUCGUUCCAGUUCUGUUCCUUAAGGCAAUUCCAUCAUGCUUCCUACUUAGCACAGUCUGGUCUUGUAUGUUAAAUAUGCUUUGAGGUUCCAAGACCAGAGUCCUGUCUUGCAUGAUGCGGUGAGAUCUUGGGCCUACAGUUCUCCUGCUGAAAUCUUGCAACUGGUGUAUAUCACAAAUAUUGGAGGGUCCAGGGAGGUUGGUCCUACUUUUGUUGUGCUGAAGUGUAAGAGUCCCCUUCCAGAUAGCAAUAAUGCAGUAACAUUUGGGAAGUACAGUGGUACCUCAGGUUAAGUACUUACCAGUAAUUCGUUCCGGAGGUCCGUAUUUAACCUGAAAGCACCACUUUAGGGGCCUCCUGCUGCCGCUGCGCCGCCGGAGCACGAUUUCUGUUCUCAUCCUGAAGCAAAGUUCUUAACCUGAAGCACUAUUUCUGGGUUAGCGGAGUCUGUAACCUGAAGCGUAUGUAACCUGAAGCGUAUGUAACCCAAGUUACCACUGUAUUGAAGAACUAAUAAAGAAGAAUGAUUUGUGGAUGAUCCUGUAUAAAUCCACUAUUAUUGCAUCAGUUACAUGUUACAGAAUAUGCCUACCAAAAAUACCACAGGUGUGUUUGUCUGUUUUCUCUUUUAAUAUGCCAUCAUGCAUAGGUACCCCUACCCGUUUUCCGUCUGUAGUAACAUUUGUCCACCUUUGUCCCCCAAUGCAUUUAAAUCACACAGAAACAGCCAGGAUUAUUGCAGGCAAAGCACCCAAACUUUCACCAUUGGAAAUCUCAUGCUCAUAAAUGUUCAGAAGCAUCUCAACUACGUGAGGGGAGGCAUCCAUAAUUCACACCUGCUAAGUGAGAGAUUUCACUUUCUUGGGCUCCGUGAUCACUGCAGAUGGUGACAGCAGUCACGAAAUUAAAAGACGCCUGCUUCUUGGGAGAAAAGCAAUGAGAAACGUAGACAGCAUCUUAAAAAAGGUCCGUAUAGUUAAAACUAUGGUUUUCCCAGUAGUGAUGUAUGGAAGUGAGAGCUGGACCAUAAAGAAGGCUGAUCGCUGGAGAAUUGAUGCUUUUGAAUUAUGGUGCUGGAGGAGACUCUGGAGAGUCCCAUGGACUGCAAGAAGAUCAAACCUAUCCAUUCUUAAGGAAAUCAGCCCUGAGUGCUCACUGGAAGGACAGAUCCUGGAGCUGAGGUUCCAAUACUUUGGCCACCUCAUGAGAAGAGAAGACUCUCUGGAAAAGACCCUGAUGUUGGGAACGAUUGAGGGCACAAGGACAAGAGGAAGACAGAGGACGAGAUGGUUGGACAGUGUUCUCGAAGCUACCAACAUGAGUUUGACCAAACUGCGGGAGGCAGUGGAAGACAGAAGUGCCUGGCGUGCUCUGGUCCAUGGGGUCAUGAAGAGUUGGACAUGACUAAACAACAACAAAGCUGAGUAGCACCUUAUCUCUGCUCUCUGCCCCCACAUUGUGAAGAUGGAAAGAAGAGGUUCCCAACAGAACAUGAAGGAACUAAUUCAAGGACUCGCAUGACCUUCAGCCAAUUCUUUCAGUCCAUUACAUUCCUUGAAGCCAAAGCCAAAAUUUAUAGGGACGAAUUCUUCACACGCCAGGACCUCGGAUGGAAGAUUUCAUUUGUCCAAAUCAACUUCAAGUCUCACUUUUGCUCCCACGUUGAAACUGCUCACUGGAACAAACUCUAGCAUGCUCUUUUUAAGCUGCAAACCCUUUUACGCAGAGUGGCAAGUCGCAGCUACAUCUGACCCAGGUUUCAGGCAUUCAGAAGAAAUCUCCCUCAAAGCUCAGUUUCAAGCAUUUAAACUCUGCACAGAGUCAUUGGAAAGAAUCAAAGCACAAAAUUAAAACCUGUGAAGGAUUUCUUUUCAUGCAUUGCAAAUCUUUUCCACCAGUUCCCUACUGGGCUAAACAGGGGAAAUGGAGAAAAAUGGCAGGCAUGCUUAAAUAAAAGCUCUGCAUGUGAAAAUAUAGGUAGUGCACUGUUUAUGACUCCCCCUCCCCAUAAUGCCAUUGUAUCCCUGAGGUGCAGGUAUUGAAAUAGCAAAACUAACAUCCAUUGUUCCCUUAGGUAUUCUGGUUUUAGUAUGAGUUGUAUCAUGCCUAAGAACAGAAAACAUUCAUCUUGAAUGGAAAGGUUUUACUUUCACUCCCAAGCUCAUUUACUGACAUAUUUUGGAUUAGGGAGGCAUUUUCCUUCCAGUCAGGUUGUCUUAUUUCGAUCCUGGGGAUUUCACAUUAUCUUGUAGUUUGGCUCCCAGAGCCCACCUGGUGUCCCUUAGUAAGUAGAUAGCUUGUUAUAUAUGUGUGUAACUCGGGAGAUUCAAAGCUAAUUUGAAACAAUUUUCUGAAUUAUAAGUAUAUAUAACAGAUUCCAUGCAUCUGACCCUACCAAAGAACAGUAAUUCUGAGGUGGGCUUGAACAACACCUGGUGACUUCUGACAAGGAUAAGGUGGCUGUUGCUGGAGCAACUGAGGAAGACUCCCAUCCAUGCAUGUGUUUCCACGUUUGCUUGGGAGCCAUUUGUCCAAACAGGUCUGCAGAAUAAGCCCUUCUGUACAGUACCCUUGAUUUCUCAGGGCUCUUAGCAGCCAAUUUGUAGGCAGAACAGCGAGGCUUUGAUUAGAAUGGAAGCAGAGGAAGGUUAGGAUUUUGUUAUCUCAGGAGGUUCCAGACUAGCUGAAUAUCAAAACAAACAAAAAGUUUGCCGACCCUGAAAAAUUAACAAGCUAGCAAUGUUCUAAAUAUGUGCGGUUUCAAAACUUUAGUGUCUAAAACUACCAGCCCACAGCCUACCCUACAGGACUGUUGUGAAGAUAAAAGUGGGGAAGGGGAAGACAAUUGUUAUGUACUGAGUUGAAUAGGAUCCAAAUGCAGCAGUCUGAUUGGUCCUAGAACAAUAGGAUUCAGAAUGCAUCAUCUGCUAAUUUAAGUGACCUUUGCGAAAGAAGACGACGGGUUGGAGAAACAGGAAUAUUUUACGAUGAAGAUACACCAAAGGCUGGGUAUGUUGACAACGGGACUGAAUGGGGGGGAAAAAACCUUUUUUACUUUCCUUCUAUGUGAUUUACAAGAACACCUCCUCAUUAGAAUCAUCGGUUGAACUGACCCAAGCAGGAUGAUUAAGGUCUGUGUGGAGAUAAACUUUAACCAAAAGUAUGCUUUAUGGAGAUCGAGAAGCAAUAAGAGCUUUUGGAAUGGCGCAGCAAUUAAUUCGGAGUCGUCAUCUUGCCAAAGGAUUUAUAGCCGAGAGAAGGAACGGACUUGUUUUCAGACUGCAUUCCCAGUGAAUCUCCUCAGAGGUUUUGAGAAAGGAGGCAGAUUGGUGAAGAUUAAUGACGCUAAGACUGUUUUGAUGUAUGGAAGUGAUGUUACAUGGAAAAUGUCUGGAUAUGGCUACUGGAUAAAAAAUAAUAAUAUCCACACAGGAUUACAAACUGUCUAACCAGCUUGUGGAGACUAUCAGAGGUCACAAAGAGAAAGGAAAAAUAUAUGAAAAUAACAACAAGAGAUGUGGAAAAACAAUAAGAAAGGACUGGAUAGUACUGUGAACAUCAUAAGGUUAGAUUUGUGGACAUUAAAACAGCAGUAAGAAGCAAGAAGUUGAUUGGAUCCCCUUCAGAACUUGAAAUAUGGGUACCCUCAACAAAAAAUUAAAAUUCGGCUGUGUAAUUUGGAAUUUAUGUAAUUUGGUUUGAUUUGAUGUGAUUGGUCGGUUAAUAAAAAAUUAUUCUUAAAAAAAAAAGGAUUCAGAAUGCAUCAGUCUGAUUGGUCCUAGAACAAUAGGAGUUAGAAUGCAUCAGUCUGAUUGGUCCUAGAACAAUAGGAUCCAGAAUGCAACAGUCUGAUUGGUCCACAGGAGCCACCCAAUCCAGCUCCAGGUGGAAGUGAAUCCACAACCUGAUUGGCCUACAGGAGAAUCCUGGAAUUAGCCAAUCACAUGGGGCCCAUUGUGUAAAUAAUGUAUAUAAAGCAGACAUUCUGGGGGAACUUCCAUUCCUCCUCACCACUAUGAGCUGAAUGAAGAGCAUGAAAUCCACUCUCAACUCUGGGUAUAUUUCAACAAUGCAGCCUUGAGCUCCUGGGAGGAAAAUCAAGAUGCAAAUAUACAACAAUGAACAACAAGUAUGUGCAGUUUCACGACGCUCAGCAAAACAUAUGUACACACAAAACAUUCUCCCUAUAUGUGUAUCAUAUGUACACACAAAACAUUCUCCCUAUAUGUGUAUGUGUUCAUAUGUGUAUGUUAAAAUUCUUAUAGGCUGUACGAAAUGCGGUAUAUCCUUGUGUAGAGCCUAUAAGAAUUUUAACUUAUAAAGUGUUUAAUUAUUUUAUGGUUGUAUUUGCUGAUUCAUUGUGGAAAGCUCUCCCCAGGAUGCUCGCCUGUUCUUUAUUUCAUAAAAUCUAUUCACCACUUGAUUGUAAAAAAAACAAAAACCCUCAAAGAUAAAAUAGUAUAUGCAAGAAAAAAUAAAGACCCUGUGUUAAGGGAGUUACUUCUGAGUAAAACAUCCCCAAACCAGCCAGUUGUGUUUUAUUCUGCAAAAGCUGGAACACCUGGGGAGUGACUGAAAUAGUGUGGACACAAGAAAAGUGCUUUAACGAACAUACCCCAAUAUUAUCCACCAUAUUCGCCUACAUUCCCUGCUGCUGUAAGGUGGCCCCCUUCUGUGUCCCAGGUGGCAGUAGUCAACACUUUUUCCACUGUCUGCCUAGCAACGGUGAUUAAGUAUCCUUAGCAGUGGUGCUGCCUACCAAGUGUCAAAGCAUCAGAGUUGCUUCCACAUGUUCUAACUUUCUUCAGAAAUAUUUGGCUGACAUACUUAAAAACACACACACACCUAAAAAUGAAGAGUCUGGGGUCCCUGCUCUACCCCCUGUAUGCAGCCCUGGACACAUUUAAUUGAGAGCAAACCCCUCUGAUGUUCGCUUGACCUUACAUUCAAGUGAGUAUGCACAGACUGUACAACAAAAUAAUUGGGUGGUGUAAAUCACAAGCCCAGUGACUACAGGGAGCUGAAAGUCUUCUGCUCUUUAAGCUGGCUAAGGCAUGCCACUGCUGUUGUUUGCUCAUAGGAAUAGAGUAAAGAUAUCAGAAUACCUUGCUCAGAAUACCAAACUCAGGAAGGAUUCUGCUUGCAGUCAGUGAGCUGUUAAACACACCCAAAGGAAGAAAGCCAUUCAGAAUAUAAGGGAUUUGACCCUUUGGCUUUCUGAUGUGUUGAAUACACUUUCUGUAUGCUCUAGCCAAGUUGUGGCUGAAGUUAUUAAUUUGGAUGUUUGGUCCUAUAUUAAAAAUAAUAUAUUGAGGGUCUCCCCCCCGCCAUGGAAUAAAUAACAUUUUUUGAGGCAAUUAACCAUUGUUUAUUACAUUGGAACUUUUACCUUUGCGUAGUACAGACCCGCAAAAUGUCUGGCUUGCUUAAUGCAUGAUAUACUAUUUACUCAGUAAUUACUAUGGUAACAGCUGAAGUUUUUUUAAAAAAAAAUAUGUAUCUUUUAUUAAAGAUUUCUUACGAAAGUAUGUGCAAUGUCUCUUUUUUCAAGUUACAUUUUCUACAGAUUAGUUUCAUUUGUUGAGACAUUAGUGUUACAUUAGGAAGAAAAGGGGGGAAGAGGUGGAGGGGGCCAUGGUGGAUGGGGGUGGGGUGGGGUAGCGAUGUUUCUAUUUUACUUAACGUAUGCGUGGGGUUUUGCGUCGGCGUCGCUUGUGCAGGUUCUCUUUGCUAUUUGCUUGUGUUCCUUUGGUGGUGAGAAAAGUUGGGGUUGGCCUACGGUGUGGUUGUUUGUGAUUGGCUGUGGUGAUCUUCGUUUUCAUGUGUGAGUGGGGUGGGUGGGUGUUUAGGAUUGCAGGUUAGCCAUAUUGAUUUGUAUGCUGUUGAUGGAUUUUUGUCAUUGUCUUGUUGGGCUGUGUAUUUGAUAAAGGAGAGCCAUACUGGGGUGAAGGCGUCUUCCUCUAUUUGUCCCCGCACCAGUUUCAGUUCAUUGGUUGAUUUUUCUAGUAAGGCUGUUUCCCAUACUAUUUGGUACUAUUGGUCCAUGCUUGCUCCUGACAGGUCUCUCCAGUGUCUGGUUUUGAUGCUUUUGGCUGCUGAGAGUAGGUGGGUUAUGAGUUCUUUGUGAUGUGAGUGGGCAUUACUGUCUUGGAAGAAGGUAACAGCUGAGUUGAGAUGUUGAAAGAUAACCUUAUCACAUCAAUGUCACAUGCAAUGCUUAAUCUUUUAAAAUGCAGGGCUCUGGCAGUUGUUCAUGGUAAUGAGAUGGAGCCAUGCAAGCAUCUUAACUGUGAGCACACUAUCUCUGUUUCAAUCAUUAAACCAAGCCUGUGUAGGGAGCAUGAUGCUAUGCACCCCAGGUCACAUUCGUUCUUCCAUAUGCAGCCUUAGCCACCAAAAUUUUAAGCUGCAGCUGAGGAUUUGGCCUCAUAAUCAACGAAGAAGAAAUAGAAACCUACCACAAAUAAUUUCCUCUUUUAUAUAUCCCAUAUUGCGGUUAGAUUUCUAAAUAAAAGGUUUAGAGAAGGAGGUUACUUAAGAGCAUGCUUUUAAUUGAAUCCAGACUUUCAACAACCCUAUCGCUUAGAAGCAGGUCAUACAUUACUCUUUCCUGUAAUUUGAAAGCAAAAUACUGCAAACAUAGAUAAACAACUUUUUGUUUUGUUUUGUUAAUUCAGCUGCUGUUGAUUCAUCUGCUCCAAAGAGUUUGAACACGAGCAUUAAAUGUAAGUAUAACUUGUUUUGCUUUCAAAAUAACGUCUGGCUUCACCUUGUUUGGUCUGGAAAUAUUUGCUUUGGAUGAUCCCUCUCGUUCUCUCCUAAAACCUUCAUUCCAUUUCCCCCAAACCACAAUACUUUCAGCAUCCCAUAUAGCACUGACCUGUUGGCAAAGAAAAAUAGCACUGUCCGUUACUUUAGUAUCGUCUGUGUUGCAUGGGAAGGGUGCUGUUGCAUCUGAAUUAUUUGCAUCUGUUCAUUAAAGUAUCCUGCUAACAUGUAUUUUAAUCUGAUUCUCACAAUAGUGGUAAAAUCCAAAAGUCUAAGCACAAAGUGAAUUUUUCAAGUUGAAGGCUGCAAUCCAUUAUAAGACAUUUAUUUAUAAGCACAGGUGCAUUCCUUUGCAUCCCAACGCCCCCUAUAGGCAGGAAGUGAUUCGUUUAGAUACAUUGAACCUCCCUGUUGAAAAAAAAAUAAUGGAUUAUACAAAAGAUAAUACUGAUUUCAAGUUUGCUGCUUCAAAGUGCAUUGAAACCUCUUGCACUCUUGGGGUGAAUGAGUUAAAUCCAGACUUAAAAGCAUUUACACCAUGUUUUAAAAGAGAGGCGGGGACCCUUUUUUAGAGCAUGAGGGCCGCGCUCUGUUGCAGAUAAAUUUCCAGGGGCCACAUUGCAGUGGUGGGUGGGGGCACAGGGGAAGGUUGCAAUAGAUAUGGCUUUGACCUUUGUACGUUAUAUUUCAAUAGCACAAAAUUCUGGAAUGGUUACACUCAGACCUCUCCAUCCUCCAUUCAGACAAGUGAGAGGUUUGAAGACACAUUCCAGCCAGGCAAAAAUAUCCAGGAGCAUGUCCUGGGGAGAAGGAACAUGGCCUAGGGAGAGUCCCACAGGUCAGCACAAUCCUACGUAUGUCAAUUUAAGAUUCAGUGGCACUGCAGCCGUCUUCAGGCAGUCACCCUCCCACCGUUAACAAUAGGGUGUAACCUGCCCCAGGUGUGCAUAGGCUCCCUCUGUGAUUUAGAAUCUUAAUCAGGCAGAGUUCUAACCAGGGGACAGGGAGCCUACCCACUGAGAAGAGAGUCUACUCUCCAGGCCAUCCCUCCAAUGUGUGGAUGAUGAGGGGGAAGGGCUGCCUCACUGCCCCCCUCACAUGGUUUUAAUCCCGUGAGGGCAAACACCAGAAAGGGGCUUGGGUUCAAGGGGAUUUAUUCUUAUCUAAGUGUGUGUGUGUUAACUAUGCUUCCACAUAUCAACUUUCCUGUGGUCUUUGUGUCACCUGUCUGACUAGCUAGAUAAUGGCGCUGCCACCAAUGUGUUUGGCGCCAUGAUGGGGCAAAACCUCAUUCAUGAAGCCCCCUUCAUAGGGAGGUGUGCCUGUUCCCUAUACAUUGGUGGCAUUUAGACACCAACUGUGAAAAUUUCCAUUCACCCAGGCUUUUGAGAAAAUCAACGUUCACUAAAAUUUUGGCAGCUCGUAUUCCAUUGCACGUUUUUGUUGUUUGUUGUUUUUGUUUUGGAAAUAUAUUUUAUUGCACAGAUUGUGUUUUUAUGCCGUUCACUGCCCUGAGCUCCCAUGGGAGGAAAGCUGGUAUAGAAAUGAAAUGAAUAAAAUUAUUUAAUUUUUUUUUUGUUAUUUCCAUAAAGAGCCUGCAGAAAGAUGUGCAGAUUGUAAGCAACAAAUAAGAAAUGGAUGAAAUGCUUUUUGCACGAAAAAGGAUGGUGUGUGGAAGGGCCCCUGGGAGUAUGAUCCUAAUUCUGGGGAGUGGAAAGAGGAAGCCAUUUCAUAAUUCUACAGCCCUCUAGAUUUUCUGGUUUGAAUAAACUCAAAUGUCACAAUGGGUCCCAUGCAAGCAGACCUCUCCCACCUCACUCCACACACAGAGUUACUACUGAAUUCUGGGUUGGCUUCUGGACUUUAUUAGCUACCCCUCGUAUUACCUUCCAGAUUCAUUCUCAUUACUGGGCAGAUUAUCUGCUGAGCAAGCAUUCCUCCCGAAACAACGUUCCUUGCAAAAGUGCCUUAGAAUGAUUAAAGAAGCGCAGUCCUCCUCCUUAUGAGAGAAACAGCAGGACUUGCAUAGCGUAGCGAAAAGGUGGCUGAGAAGAGAAGGAGAAGAUUGUACGACAUAGCAAAUGUGUUGCUAGCUCUGCCCUUAAUCUGGAAGUUAGUCUUAGCUCAUUAAGUAGCUUGUUCGUCAAUGGCAUUGAAUCUGCUCCUCUGCCUCUCCGCUGUCUGUGGCAGAACACGGGUUGCUUGACUCUUGUUGUGUCUCUAUGGAAAAGCAAGUUAAUUGGGGAAAAUAUUGUGGGUUUGUCUUAUCUGCUGCCAUUGCACCCACUGCAAGCCAAAUCUAUGGAUAUAGAUGAUGCAGGAGCAAAUGCAGCGUAUUCUUGGGCUGGAUCUGCACUGACUCUUUUAUCGUUAUUAGAAUGAUGUUAGAUACAUCAUUCUGAAACAUCACAGGGCAUACUGGUAAAUUUAAAAUGUUCCUUACCUUGUUGUGUCCGUAAUAAUGCAGUUUCCCUAUUGCCAGUUCCUGGUUGCUCUGUUACAAGCAGAACACAAUGUGUCCAUCUAUGUUGUGAAAAUCAUUCCUUAACCCUUCCUUAAUGUUAUAAACCAUUAAUGUAGAUCCGCCCUACACCCACCUCUAACCAAUGGAUACCACAUCUAACUUUUCUCACUAUACCUAAGAAGAGCAAUUCUGCGGGACCAUGUUAAUGUUUUACACAGCAAUCCAAGCAAGAGGAAGCCAGAGUGAUUUAUGCCAAGGUAAAUUAUGCCGGUGGAGCUUCCUUGUUCCAAACUCCUUUCAGAAGCAGGGCUACUGCUGGCUUAGGUGGCCUAAACUUGGCAGAGGGGAAGCAAGACUUUCAAAAAGAGUUUGACUUGCACCACUCUUUUUGCCAAGUUAACUACUGUGGGGUUGCCGGGUCAUGUGACCAAGCUGAAAGGAGACUGGAAUGGGAUAGGUCUCCCCUGCCCGGCCCCAGAACACCCCUCUUUUGAGAUUUCAGCUCAGCCCUGGUUCAUCUGCGAUGGAGGUCCUACAUUGGUAUACAGUGUCUCUGGCUUUAGCUGGUGUAGCUCAGCCAGAGAUCUGCCUACAGUGGUACCUCGGGUUAAGUACUUAAUUCGUUCCGGAGGUCUGUUCUUGACCUGAAACUGUUCUUAACCUGAAGCACCACUUUGGCUAAUGGGGCCUCCUGCUGCCGCUGCACCGCAGGAGCACGAUUUCUGUUCUUAUCCUGAAGCAAAGUUCUUAACCUGAAGCACUAUUUCUGGGUUAGCAGAGUCUGUAACCUGAAGCGUAUGUAACCUGAAGUGUAUGUAACCCGAGGUACCACUGUAUUCGAAACCUCCCUCCUCCCAGCACAUCUUGGGCUUUGAUUUGAUCCCUUACCCUCUAAGAUCCUAGGCAGCAGAUUUGCCAUAGUUCCUUUCAAGGAUAGGUGCUAUCCUUGUAAUCAUUUGAGAUUUUAAAUCGGUGUCUCCCAUUCUUCUACUGUAGAUUUUAUCAGUGAGUUAGAUCAAUGGUUCUCAAACUUUUUUUUUUAUCUGGGCCACACUUUCAAAAUAAAAAUUUGCUUGACCCACAACAAUUUUUUUUAUAUAAGAAAUACAUUGGAAAACAAAAAGAAGUAACUCCUAGCAGUGCUGGAUUUUUAACAUAGAACACUACUUUAUAAUAUGAUCAUGGGACAGCCAGAAAAUAUAAAACAAUGCAGCUACAUAAGAACAUGAAUCAUUUGCGAAAUAUAAUAUUGAUUGUCCUUGAAUCUUCCCAACACAUUUGCCAUCCUCUCCUGCCACGCCCAUGUGGUGUGCCACAUCCUUUGAGAAUCACUGGAUUACGUGAUUCACAAUGUGUUUCCUGGUUCAUUCUUUGAGGCCACAUUGAGUAUUUUACUUCACGGGCCUAUUACUGAACAGGUGGCAAGAUAUCCGAAUGUUUCACAUCGCUGAGAUUUGCUAUGAUUGUUAAUUCCUAGCAUGUCGACGCUAGUGAUUAAUAACUUGUUCUGCUGAGGUUAUGCAUUUGUACAUUAUAUUUUGUACUCUGUUUAUUGGUUGGCCAACCGUAAGGAACACUUGAUUGACUGAAGUAAUGUCAAGAGAGUUUUUAGGGUAAAGAAAAUCAGUGCUGUGAGAUACAGAAGAUGCUAACAAGUAUAAAGCCAAGAUCUGGGGGGGGAUGUAACAAUGACUGGAUUAACCGCUUAGAAUCGUUUUGAACAUAAUGUUCUUUGUCUCAACAUGCAUUGGGCUGUGUCAAUAUCCAGUCAGCUAAACUCACAUCCAAUCCACGCUUUCAUGUAAAUCAAUCUUCAAUUUAUUCAUUUAUAAGGUAAAGGGACCCCUGACCAUUAGGUCCAGUCGUGGGCGACUCUGGGGUUGCAGCGCUCAUCUUGCUUUACUGGCCGAGGGAGCCAGCAUACAGCUUCCGGGUCAUGUGGCCAGCAUGACUAAGCCGCUUCUGGCAAACCAGAGCAGCGCACGGAAAUGCCGUUUACCUUCCCGCCAGAGCGGUACCUAUUUAUCUACUUGCACUUUGAUGUGCUUUCAAACUGCUAGGUUGGCAGGAGCAGGGAGCGAGCAACAGGAGCUCACCCCGUCGCGGGAAUUUGAACCGCCGACCUUCUGAUCGGCAAGUCCUAGGCUCUGUGGCUUAACCCACAGCGCCACCCGCGUCCCUCAUAUUCAUUUAUACGUCAUAUUUAUAUCCCACAUUUCCUCCAGAAGGAGCCUAGAGCAACAAAUAUCUUUGACAAAAUUAAAAUUAAAAGUCAGACAUAUUUUAAAAAUGGUUCAAAUACAGUAAAACGUGUGACCAAAUCUUGUGUCUCAAGAGGCCCAAGAAAGCAGAAAUGUUUUUAGCAGGCGUCUGAAAGAAUACAGGGAUGCUACCUAAUAUCAAGUGGCAGGGAGUUCCAAAGUACAAGGAAUGACUUCUUACAAGUGAAGAGCAGGCAUUGCAUGCCACAUGUAAACAAGCAAGUUCUGCAGAUCCAAGCAACUGAGUGGGCGUAUAUGGGGUAAAGUGAUCCCUUAACUAAACUGGUCCCACAACAUUAAGGGUUUCAAUACCAAUAGUAACACCUUGAACUUGGCAGCCAGUCAGAAAUCCUGUCAGAAAUCCUGCUGCAGGAUAACUUGUAAUAAUUUAGCAGUAACUUGAGCACAACCUGUACAGCAAAUAAUCUGCAGAUGAUCGAAGACCUAGCUGUAGAAGAAGGAAUAAUGGAUGGCUGAAUCUGACUUGAGAUAAAAGAGAUGGUGGAGAUGGGGUGAAAGGUCAAUGCAAGGCCAGCUGCAAAUCAGUUUUCUUCUUCUGACCUAAACAGGAUUAAAUUGCUACAUAGGGAUAACCUAAGGUGCGAUCAGUUGCUAAUGGAUUUACAGAGGGGAAAUUAAAGCUGUUCUAAAUACAGAGACUAAGGGGGAAAUAAAACAAACAGCACAAUGAGGCAGAACAUCUACUAGCUGAGGGAGAGAAAAUGUUCUCAGUUCCCAAAACAUACAGAACAAAUGUCAAGGAAGGGUAAUUUUAAUAUGUUUCAGUAGUUACCUGUUGGAGUUUGGAUUCCCUCCUCCAAACUAAUUUUGUUACUGGACUAGAUAAUUCCCAGUGCUAUUGAAACCUUACUUACAGUUCUGUAAAAGUAAAGGUGAAUCUACACACAAAAAAGCCCCCCGCUAUAAAUAAGUCAGAAAUUAAAUCAUUACAAAAGAAAAAAAAACGCAAUGGAAAAUCGCAUAGAAUUUUUUUUUUGCUUUCCAGCGCUAUCUGGUGUUUUUUGACUAAUAUAGCUGAGUCUUAACUUUCACUUUUGCAUUCAUGGUUGUUGUUGUUGUUUCCUUUAAAAAAAAGAAAAAAAGACUGUACUGAUUUACCAAAAUGCUCAGUUCACUACCACAGGUAAGUCAGAUCUGAGGUGGCUCUUGUGACCUAAUGAACUCAUUUUAUUUAUCUAAGGCAGCAAUUCUCUACCUACUUACCUGGGAGUAAGCCCCACUGAAUUCAGUGGGACUUAUAUCCAUUAGGACAUUAUAGGACUCUACUGUAACAUUUCAAAUAAGGCAUCCACUCAAAAUAAAUACUGUAAGGUGCUCACUCAAUGUAAGCUCUAGGCACAGAGUUCAUAGGCCCAAUGAGCAAACAAUUCUUUAGACAUAAAAUGACAUAAUAUCUACCAGAAGAAGGUCCUGAUUAGUAUUUGCAUUUGUAAAGCUACUGGAUAAACAAGGAGUAUGUCAGAGUGAUGUGGGGACAUUGUCAAUUUUCUGUUGUGUGAGGUAUGCAGUUACCUCUUUAAUACAUUUUAAAAUGAUAAUGGAGAAGACUUGUCCCUGAUUAACGACAUUACCACUGAAUAAAUAUGGAGUCAUUUUUUUAAAAACCCGUGAAGGUUACAAAAAAUGGCAAGUGCCAUGAUAAACAAGGGCCUUAACAUAAUCACCCGUCAUACUGAAUGGCACCAGAUUUUUAUCCUUAAUCCAUGAAAGCUCAUAAAGAUGUAUUCACUCUUUGAAAGCAUAGCAUGUACGUCACCUGUCCCACAGAUGGAAAACAAUAAAUUCAGGUAAUAACAAAAGAUAAACGUAUAAAUUGUUCGAUGGUAGCUGACAGGGUUUUUUCCCCAGCUGGAACUCAGUUCCGGCAGCUCUCAGAUGGGUGCCAUUGCAAUUAUAAGAGAACAAAGGAGGCAUUCAUGGAGAGUUCUGGCACCCCUUUUUGUAGAAAAAUAGCAGUCGUUCUUGAUGACUUACAAUAGGGGACUUACAAUUGCCUCUCCCCCCGGUAAUUACAGUGGUACCUCGGGUUACAUACGCUUCAGGUUACAUACGCUUCAGGUUACAGACACCGCUAACCCAGAAAGAGUACCUCGGGUUAAGAACUUUGCUUCAGGAUGAGAACAGAAAUCGUGCUCCGGUGGCGCGGCAGCAGCAGGAGGCCCAAUUAGCUAAAGUGGUGCUUCAGGUUAAGAACAGUUUCAGGUUAAGAACGGACCUCCGGAACAAAUUAAGUACUUAACCCGAGGUACCAGUGUAGCUUGGGGUGGGUGUGGGAGAACCCCCAGAAAAGUACACAGGGAGGGGGAUUGUUCCGUCUGGCAAGUUGAUGUGCUUGUACAGAUGGAGCAUUUAUAAUAGCACCAUGUUGAAUUCCACCCAACGUGUCCUCAAAGUGCGGUUGGACUACAGCUUUGUUGAACUAUAACUUCCAUCAUCCUUGAUCCAUGAUGGCUGUGUACAACCUCCAGGAUCCACCUGGGAUGCCUCUGCAAUACCAGCACCUGGCUGGCAACUUUGAGAACAGGGUGCUGGACCAGAUGGGCCUUUGGCUUGCUCUAGCGGGGCUCUUAUGUUUUCAUUGGUCGUGUUGGCUAGGACUGGUGGGAUUCCAACAACAUCUGGAGUUCAUCGUGUUGGCUGUCCUUCACAUACAGCAACUAAAUUCAGAUUCAGGGUAGAUCAUCAUCAUCAUCAUCAUCAACUUUUAUUUGUAUCCCACCCUCCCCGCCUGAGACUGGGCUCAGGGCGGCUAGGAUAACAACAAAUAGGGAACAUUAUCUAUUUAACAAUAACCGAGAUGCCUAAAAAAAUGUAACGCAAAUAGGUCUGGGACCAUUUUUCCUUCCUGAGGUAAAUUCCAAGGUAUCUAGGGGUAAUAACAUAUCCAAAACACAUUUUUAAUGUAUUUUUGAACAAAGAACUGUACUGCGAAAUGCAUAAAUGUGCAGAAUCCAAUGGAUAAUUACAUUCUGAUACACAUAUUAGUUCAGGACCUGACUUACAUCAGAAUUUUAGAAACUGAAUUCCUGUGGAUCAUGCAGGAUCUCACAAGAGUUCUAAGGGGAUGGGUUAGCCAAGAUGGGUUAGCCUGUAUAAAUCCCACAGUUGCCCAAUAAUCGUCUUUGCCUCUUCAGGUAAACUGAAUUCUGUUUUUAAAAGCUACAUUGGAGCUAAGAUUAGUCCUUUAGGCUCUUUGAUAGUCAACCUGACAAACUGCAAGCAAUGCUUCCAUCCAGUCCAGAGAACAGCUAUUAGCUUCGUCUUAUUUGUUCCCCUUGUAGAACUUAGCAGGGAGGAAGAUGGGGACAAAAUUAGAAUUAGUUGGCUCUGCCUGUCAUUGGCUCUGGCGCCACCUAGAGUUGGCCUCCUUGCUUUGUGCCAAAUGGGCACCAGCCUCCACUGAGUUCUACUAGUUGAUAUAAAGCAAGUACAGAUGAGACAAAAAUGUGCAUGCAGCUUCUUCUGUACUAAUAGACAGUUGUUCAUAUAUUAUGAUGAUGAUGAUUGUUGUUGUUGCAAUUGUGGAAAUCUGAAUGAAAUGGCACUUGGGUCAUCAUUAGCAUUACACUCAGCUUGUGGAUACUGGCAGAAUCAAUGAAACAUAACAUGCUGUGUUUGUUUAUAGCAGAUAAAGAUGGUCACUGGUUAAAAAUAAUACUUGCAAUGCAUAAAAUUAAUAAGCUUGGGUCAGCCACAACACAAAAGCAAAGUUUAGUACUACUUCCGGGUUAGCGCCAUCGGCUAAUGGCGGAGUUCCUCUGACCGGAGGAACCCGCUCAGUGGAAACUGGGUCUACCCGCCGCGGCGAAGGUGGGGACCCUAUAGAAAUCCCAGGUGGAGGAAGCGUGGGAACGUGGGAUUUGGCAGGGCACCAAGAGCGCCUCCCCUACUCGCGGGGGAAUCCCAUUCUGGGGCUCCGGAGCAAAGUGGGGUGAGUGGCGUGGUGCUGCGAAUGGACUGCUACUUUCACAGAGUGAAGCCGCACAGCCGUUGCCGGAGAGCGCUGACUUUUUCCUGUGGACAAUUGGAUUUAAAAGUAACUACCUGUGAGUAAAAGUGAAGAAUUGGAGUUUAAAAAACGGAAUUUGACAACAAACGGGGGGAGGCUUAAAACAGGAAGUCCGCCUUCCUCUUUUUGUAAAUAGUCGGAAGCAAAAAGAUUUAAGUUAAAGUCUAUUCUAAACACCUAAAUUUCCAGCACAAAAUAGCGAACCCCCCCUUGGAAGCAGGGGAAAAGGGGGGAGAGAUUUUUGGACAUUAUUUGCCUGCAAAAAAAAGAGAGGGAGAAGCUAAAUUUCCAUCGCUCGGAACCUAGGAACGGCAGCCAUUAAAUUUGCUGUACUUCGGAGCUCCGCAUAGACUGUGAACAGAUUGCUUAUUUGACUGUCAGUGAAAUAGUGAAACUAGAGGGAUACAUUGUUUUAACUAUCUUCUACUAUCUUUUACUGGCUCAAAAGUUUCAAUUACCUUCUUUUGAUUUAAAAGUCGAGAUUUGAUACUAAAUAUAUUGGUGCAAUUGAAAUUUCUUUAAAAAAGGGAUACUUUGGACUAACAUAAUAUAAACAAUAACAAUUUCCCUCUAGAGGAGGACUUUGAAAUUGCUACAAGGAGUGGAAUUUUCCAACUUUAAAGAUAAGACUCUGGGACUGUAUUUGACCUUGAAGGGCCUAAGUGUUAUGGCAGAUGGGAAAGGAAAAAUAGAUCCCCCAAUAACAAGGUCUGGGAAGUCUUUUCGAAGAGCCUCUACAUCUGGGCCCCCUGUCUCAUCUGCAGCUGCAUUAGUGCACUCCAAACCAAAAGGAAUGAUUUCAGAAGAAGCUCUGGCACUUGCUCUGAGCAAAAUUAAUAAUUCACUGGAACAAAUGAAUAAAAAAUUGGAUCAAAAUACACAAAGCAUAAAUAGUUUGGGACAAAAAGUUAAUUCCAAUACAGAAGCUAUUGAGAAAUUGGUCAAGGAGUCUAAUUCAACCCGACAGAUUGUAGAGGAAGUUAAGGAAAAGGUGGUUACUGUGGAAGUGAAGGUAACCCAACUGGAGACAGAGAGAGUUCCAGACUUGCAGAAGCAACUUGAGGAUCAUAAGUUGGCCCUUUCUAUGAUUGAGCUUAGGAAGAAACAGACAAACCUGAGGAUUAGAGCUGUACCUGAACUAGAAAAAGACUAUCUGGUAGAUUAUCUUACCGAGGAAUUUACAGUCCACUGGGACUUGGAUCUGGGAACAGAGGAGUUUAAAAUUGUGAGGGCCUUUAGACUCGGAAGAGGAGGGAAGAAGGAGAAGAAUAGAAUAAGAAACUGUUUGAUUACCCUCCGAUCUAAAGAAGAGAGGGACAAAAUUCUGGGCUGGCACUACGAGAAAACCUUGGUAAUACAUCAGUCAAGAGUGGAAAUAUUCAAAGAUAUUCCAAAACACCUUCUGGACCUCAGGUUCAACUUUGGAGAUCUAGUUGCUUUGCUGAGAAGGAACAAAAUUAACUUUAGGUGGGAAUUCCCUCAAGGCCUAUCAUUCAGUUUCAAAGGAAGGAAAAUAAAAAUAAGAUCUGUAGAAGACAAAGUAAAGUUUCUGUACAAUCACGAAGAAGAUCUACAGAAGGGAAUUGGAAAAGAGCCAACAACACUGGACAGAGGAUCAUCAGACAGAGGACCAGAGCAAAGUGCAGUGGAGAGAACAUCACCAAAUAGAGGAACACUGGACAUAUCAACAUUAUCUUUUGGAUUGGACCCCCCAGUGAACGUGCCAACAUCAUCACCAACAGAAGAGGAGCAAGCUUUGGGGGCAGUGGGGGGGCACAAAAGUAACUACAUGAUGGCACUGCAGGUUCUGACUUGGAAUGUUAAUGGACUGAACAGCCCGGAAAAAAAGGCGGAGAGUAUUUCAUUUAUUGAAAAAAGAACAUCUGGACCUGAUUUGCUUACAAGAAACACAUGUGAUACGGUCACACAGGAAGUUAUUGAAUAACAAAAGACUAGGCCAAGAAUUUAUCUCAUCGGAUAAGGUUAAAAAAAGAGGAGUGGUCCUCUAUGCAAAGGAGAACCUAGCACCAAAAUUUAAAUUUAAAGAUGAUCAAGGAAGAUUUGUAGCAAUUGAAAUUCAAACGCAAGGAGAAAAAUUCCUGAUAAUAGGUAUUUAUGCACCAAAUGAAGGAAAAUCGGAAUUCUUUAAAAAACUACACGAGACCCUGAUGGACUAUAUGGACUAUAAUAUGAUUUUGAUGGGUGAUAUGAAUGGCGUAGUGUCUACAAACAUGGAUAAGGCACAAAGACAGCCACUUACUAAGGAUGGAAGACUACCAAAAACUUUUUUUGACAUGACUGAAAAUAUGGACUUAAUUGAUAUUUGGAGAACGAGGAACCCUUUGGGAAGAGAGGGAACUUUCUUCUCCGAGGCUAAAAUGACAUGGACAAGAAUUGACCAAAUUUGGGUAACUAGAGGACUGGCCCCGAAGAUUAGCAAAGCUGAAAUUUGUCCCAAAACCUGCUCUGACCACAAUGCCGUGAAGAUGGAAAUGAAAUUGAUGCCAAUUGGUUCCUUUAGAUGGAGGAUGAAUGACUCUUUGUUUAGGAAUGAAGAAUUUAUUAAGAAGGCCCAAAAAACUUUGAGAGACUAUUUUGAGAUAAAUAUGAACACUACUGUGGAAAAAAGAGUAAUCUGGGAUGCAAGUAAAGCUGUUAUGAGAGGAUUUCUGAUACAACAAAAUGCAAUUAAGAAGAGAAUGCAAAAUGAGAAAAAAGAUAAGAUCCUGGAAAAAAUAAAGGAAGGAGAGAAGAAAUUGAGGGUGAAACCAAAGUCCCAGGAGAUCUUGAAAGAGAUAAAGUUAUAUCAAGUACAAUACAUUAAAAUGAUGAACCAGGAAAUAGAAUGGAAGAUUAAACAGAUGAGACAAAAGACAUUUGAAUCAGCAAAUAAGUGUGGAAAACUGUUGGCUUGGCAAAUGAAAAAAAGACAAAAACUUAACACCAUUUCGAACUUGGAAGUGGUAGGAAAGAAUGUGCAGAACCCAGUGGAAAUAAGAAAGUGCUUCCAGAGGUAUUUUAAACAACUUUAUACACAGGAGAAGCAGAAAGAAAUGGACAUUGAAAAAUUUCUGAAAAUCAAUGGACUACAAAAAAUUUCCCUAGAAAAUAAAUUAAUGUUGAAUUAUAAAAUAACAGAACAGGAAGUAGAAGGGGCCAUUCAGAAUAUGCAAUUGGGUAAAUCUCCAGGACCGGAUGGACUGACUUCUAGAUAUUAUAGAUCUUUGAAAGAAUGGUUAAUACAACCUUUAAAGGAAGUCUGUAAUGAAAUACUGGAAGGGAAAAGGGCACCAGAGUCGUGGAAGAAAGCGUACAUUACACUUAUACCGAAAACAGAGACUGAAAAGACGCAGCUUAAGAACUACCGCCCCAUAUCAUUGCUUAAUGUGGAUUAUAAAAUCUUUGCAGACAUUUUGGCUAAAAGAUUUAAAAAGGUGCUAACAGAAGUAAUUCAUAAAGAUCAAGCGGGCUUUCUCCCGGGCAGACACUUGUCUGAUAAUACGAGGAAUAUAAUUAAUAUCCUAGAAAAUUACAAGUGAAGAUCAAUACUAAAGCAGUUUUGAUAUUUGUGGACGCGGAGAAAGCCUUUGACAACAUUUCCUGGAGUUUUAUGAAAAAGAAUUUACUGGGGAUGGGGGUUGGUCAAGGUUUUGGAAACGGUAUAGGUGCAAUUUAUUCAGAACAAAAGGCUAAAUUAAUUUUGAACAACGUAGUGACGGAAUAAUUUAAGAUUGAGAAAGGAACACGACAAGGUUGCCCAAUCUCUCCAUUGCUUUUUAUUUCGGUCCUGGAGGUUUUGCUAAACAUGAUUAGAAGGGACCAAUUGGUAAAAGGUAUACAAGUGGGAGCCAAACAGUACAAAUUGAAAGCAUUUGCUGAUGACUUGGUAUUGACUUUACAGGAACCAGAAUCAAGUACUAAAAGAGUAUUAGAACUGAUUCAAGAAUUUGGUCAGGUAGCAGGAUUUAAGUUGAACAAGAUGAAAACUAAAGUUUUAGAGAAAAACUUAACUGAAAUGGAGAGAGAUAAGUUUCAGAAAGAGACAGGAUUAACACUGGUAAAGAAAGUAAAAUACCUAGGGGUUAACAUGACUGCUAAGAAUGUGGAUUUAUUUAAGGAUAAUUAUGAAAAAUGCUGGGUUGAAGUGAAAAAGGAUCUAGAAAUAUGGUCAAAUUUGAAGUUAUCAUUGUUAGACUGAAUUGCUGCGAUAAAAAUGAAAGUAUUGCCAAGAAUGCUGUUUUUGUUUCAAACUUUGCAAAUUUUGGAUAAAAUGGACUGUUUCAAGAAGUGGCAGAGAGAUAUCUCUAGAUUUAUCUGGCAGGGCAAGAAACCUCGAAUAAAAUUUAAGAUAUUAACAGAUGCUAAAGAAAGAGGUGGAUUUGCCCUGCCAGACCUUAAACUUUAUUAUGAAUCAGCCGCAUUUUGCUGGCUGAGAGAAUGGAUGCUUCUUGAAAACAUGGAUGUGCUGGUUUUGGAAGGUUUUAACAAUGUAUUUGGUUGGCAUGCAUACCUGUGAUAUGAUAAGGUUAAAGCACACAAAGCGUUUAAAAACCAUAUUGUCAGAAAAGCAUUGUUUAAUGUCUGGAUAAGAUACAAGGAUUUGUUAGAAAAUAAAACCCCAAGAUGGUUGUCACCAAUGGAAGCAAAGGCACAGAAAAAACUUAAUAUGGAGGCCAAAUGGCCGAAGUAUUGGGAAAUCCUGGAACAAGAGGGAGACAGAUUAAAAUUGCAGAGUUUUGAAAAACUAAAAAAUAGAGUACGAGAUUGGCUCCACUAUUAUCAAAUAAUGGAGGCAUAUAAUUUGGAUAAAAAUUAGGCUUCCAGGUGGAAAAAUCAAAACUGGAAACAGAAUUGUUAGACCCUAAAGUUAAGAAUUUGUCAAGAAUGUAUAACUUGCUGUUGAAAUGGAAUACACAAGAUGAAAUGGUGAAAUCUGCUAUGAUUAAAUGGGCACAAGAUGUUGGACAUAAUAUCAUGAUGGCUGACUGGGAACAGUUAUAGACCACUGGCAUGAAGUUUACGGCAUGUAAUGCCUUAAAAGAGAAUUUAAUGAAAAUGAUUUAUAGGUGGUACAUAACACCAGUCAAGCUUGCAAAAAUUUAUCAUUUGCCCGAUAACAAAUGUUGGAAAUGUAAUGAAACUGAAGGUACAUUCUUUCAUCUUUGGUGGACAUGCCCAAAGAUUAAGGCAUUCUGGGAGACGAUCUAUAAUGAAAUUAAAAAGGUAUUUAAAUAUACCUUUCAGAAGAAACCAGAGGCCUUUCUCCUGGGCAUGGUCGGCCAAUUGGUGUCAAAGAAGGAUAGAACUUUCUUUAUGUACGCCACAACAGCAGCAAGAAUACUCAUUGCAAAGCACUGGAAGACACAAGAUCUACCUACCAGGGAAGAAUGGCAGAUGAAGCUGAUGGACUACAUGGAACUGGCGGAAAUGACUGGCAGAAUCCGAGACCAGGGAGAAGAGUUGGUGGAAGAAGAUUGGAAAAAAAUUAAAGUGUAUUUACAAAAACAUUGCAAAAUUAAUGAAUGUUAGAAGGAUGUUGGAAUGAAGCUAUAUGGUUUUAACAGAAAUGUAAUAAAGACUUAAGUAAAAGUUGAUUGAUAAUGGGUAAAAAUGGAAAAAUUAAAGGUUAGACCAUUAAGAUAAAUUAUAGAACAAAAAUUGAGAAAGAUGGAAAGAAUUUGCUGAAAUAGUUAACUGAACUAGAAUACAAAAAGGGAGGUGUGAGGAGGUCGAUGAAACAGGUAAAUGAAAGGUAAAGAUAAUGAAUAUUGGAUGUGUUUUUAAAUGUUUUUUGUUUUUAAAUGUUUUUGCUUUUUUUGUUUUUAUUGUUGUGCUGCAUUGUUUCCUUUCUAAUCUGGUUUUUAUUUUAUUUUGAUGUAAUGUAUUGUAAUUUUUUACUGUUUUCUUUUUUUCUCUUUUUCUGUAAUUGUUAAACUUUUAAUAAAUAUCUUUAAAAAAAAAAGCAAAGUUUAGUACUUCUCCUUUAUAGGGCAAUUUAUACUCCCAGGAUGCCACAAGCCAUGAUGGGCAAAUUGGUCAGUUUCAGUUCAGUCAAUUUUAAGUUCAGUUCUCCACUUUUCCUCAGCAUUUUUUUUUUUUAAUGAUCUCAAGAAAAUUCAUUAUUAUUUUAGGGCGAACGUCUAAUACACACAUUUUUGUAUGCAAUUUUGCAAAGCCAUUCCUCUUAAUAUAAUGCAUUUUGUAUCUGUUUUCACUAAUGUUCAGUCAUACGCAGACUUUACUCUAGUAUGUGCAUUUCUUACCCUGUUACUUAGCUGGAAAAGUGCAUUGCAAAAUUCAGAGAAAUGCGAGUUUUAAAGGGAUCAGCUGUGUUUCUGUUUGCAUAGGGUUUCAGAAAGUGCAAAAUAUGUAUGUUUGCCUUCAAAUGCGAACGGAAUUGAAAUUCCCAGUGGCUACUAAGCAUGCUUAGCUCUCACUGGCCUGUUUUGGGUUGUUUCUUCUAUUAGGGAUUUUAAUAAGGUUUGGGGGGCUUUUUUGGUACUUUGCAAACCAUGGACUUCCCCCAAGCCCAUUGAUUUAUCCCUCUUCUGUAUGUAUGAUUCCAGUUUGACUACAUAAGGAUCACCACUCACAGUAUGUAGGAUUUUUUUUUCCUUAAAAAAAAUACUCAUACCUAAAGGGAAACAUAUUUAUGCCAGUGUAUAUCUAUAUCUAGAAGCUGCACAGAAGGUCUGAUCAUCUGCUAUAGAUAAAUAUGAGUUAUCAGCCUGCUUAGGUUAUAUAUAGAACUAUUUUGUGAAGCCAAUAUUUCUGGAAAAGGGGGGGGGGGAAUUACCUAGUGUAGCAGAUUGUUUUUCUGUCAGCCUAGCAGUUUAGCUUAUAGCUCAUAGCAUGCUGAGACCUUGCUUAUUAUUAUCUGCUAUUUCACUGCAGUAAUCUCUGUGGGGCAAAUAUUAGUCAAUUAAAUUAGUUUAGAAUAGCACACUGCCUUUUUUUAUUAAGUUUGUAAAUUGUUUGGGAGCUCAGUGCUGAUUUAAGACUGCAGAAUUUCAGAGCAAUGUUUCUACGUGGAUUUCUGGGCAUUUGGGUCCAAGCCAGCCAAAGUUAAGCACUCAUUAGUCCUCGAUAGUGGACAGUGUAGUGGGGCAUUAUCACUCACUUGACCUCCUGGUCACUUGCAUAAUUUCUGUGUACUAGGAAGUAGAGGGACAAGGCGGUGGGGUCAGUGUGGUGCAAACACGGCAGUGGAGCCAAUCUGGCACUCCCGCUAGUUUGUUUGCACCACAACAACUUCCCUUCUGCCUCUUGCCUCCCCUUCUACCUCCCAGUAAGCAGCAGCAAUACACAUGGCCAGAGGUCAGGUAGUGGCAUCACCCCAUCAUGCCACCCGCUAAUGGAUUAAGAUGGGAGAGCUUAUGCUUGAACUUAUCUCUCCCGCUGAAUUCAAAGUGUACUGAAUUUUAACUGGAUUCUGCCCUUUAUUUAUUUGCUACUUCAUUGUAGAAAUGUACAAACGAAUGUGGAAUUGCCACAAGAGAAAUCCAGCCUAUAUGAAUGAUCUCCAUCACUCAAGCAAGUCAGCAAGGCUCUUUUCCAUGUAGGAUUAUUACUCCCUAUUAAUCAAAACUAAUGAAAUUGUAUAGCAUUUCGGAAGAAUCAACUUGUUCAGUCGCUCAAAUAACUAUUCAGGGGAUGGCUUCUCUUUCUCCAUCUCCACACUGCUGUUUUUGCUAGUUGCCUUCUGGCAAUUAUGCAUGAUGGGAGGAAACCGAUGCAAAAGAUUGUUCUUCCUCUCUCAUAAUACUAGAACCUUGGGUCAUCGGAGGAGAUGUUCAAUGAGACAGACAGACAAAAGGAAACGUUCCUUUGCAACACGCAUAGUUAGCCUAUUCUUUCUCUCUUAUGAAUGGAAAGGGGUCUAAUAUUUGAAUUUGAAAGAUAAAAUUGUGUCCUAAACAUGCAUUUUAAAUUUCAUUUCAGUAUCUUUCACCAUUCAAGAGAAAUAUAAUGUUGAAAACAAAGAGAGAAUGCCAAAUAGGCCAGUAAACCUCAGGGUCUUGCUUUGCCAAUAUUCUUUAAGGCUUUAAAAGGAUAACUGCUAGGGUUGCUACAUUUCAAAAAGUGAAAAUCCAGACACAAAAGUUGUUGAGCCUUUUUUUGGCAAAGUUGUUGAGCUUCUCUCUCUCUCGCUCUCGCUCUCUUUUUCUUUUUUGGCCUAGGUUCCAGGUUGCCGGACAUCCAGAUUUUCCCGGACAUUUAAGCAAUUUUCGACACAGUUUUUGACAACCAAAUCCCAACUGUGUCUGGCGAAUUCCGGACAUAUGGCAACCCUGGUGGCUGCAAUCCAUCAAAAAAGAGCGUUCCUGGGAUCUCCCCCCUCCUUUUCUCCCAGAAUCAUUUUAGUUAGCAUGAUCCCUGAUUGGCUAGAAUUAGCUCCUGUGAUUUAAUAUAGGAAGCACUGUCCUCAUUUUAAAUUGGCUUCAUUUGCCCUUAGCGACGUCAACUCAAUGUCUGCGUAGCACUAUGAUGCCAUCACUUUGAGAAUGUGACCCUUUAUUGAUUGAAAUUGCUCCAUGACAAAUGAAGCAGUAACAACAAAGAGGGAAACAGGGCAGUUGUGAAAAGUGACAGGAAAAUGUAAGAUUCAAGUGUUUUCAGGUGGGGGUUCAGCUGCCCCUAAUGUUAGUCAAAUUCUACCUGCUCAAGUGGCCAGACUUUUUAACCAUACUAUCUUGCUGCCUCUCUCUGUGUUGAUGUGUGAUACACUUUUCUGGUUAGUUCCUGCCUCCAAAUGGUUAAUUUGAUCAUGAGGAUGCACAUCUGGUUUAAAAAACUAUACGAAACUGUUUUAAAGGAGUUUCAGAUGCUAACCAGUUUCCUAUUUUGAUGUAUGGGCAUGAUUUGCUUGGCAGAGAUUUAUUUUUAUUUUUUUAAGCAUAAGGUUUUGGCUCUGGGUAGAUUAGGAGGAAAGGCGUAGCUAUGAAGACCAAUUGACAUACAUUUAUUCUAAGGUUAAGUGAUCAGAAUUACAAGUGUGUACAGAUGAGCGGUUUGCAGCAGGUGCCUAGUGGAAACAGCAUGUUGACACAGUACUAAAUGCUACUCAGAUAGCAAAAGGAUUAUACAGCCAAUUGGGAAAACCAAUCACUCAGCUUGUUCCAUAGCAAUCUUCCACUCUGUAUCAAUCUUUCGCAGUUUAAUAGCCUGCCUGUUUUCACACACUGCCACCCUCUGUAUUGCCAUGGACCUUGUCUUUCUGAAGUAACAGUACUGCAAACCUUGCCGCAUUUGAGUUUCCUCAAGUCAAGUACCACUCAUUGUUUAUUGAAGCGUAAGCAAAUAGCUAUUUGGAAAAGCUACCUCAUUUAUGAUUUUAUCUACAUACAUGCCAUAAACUCUCUAUAGCACCCAUAAAUGCAACAGAUAAGCUAGUCGGGUGAAGUGCCUUUGAAAGGCACUGCGUUUUUCUCUUUUCUGUAAGUCUCGUACCCACUUAUACCUUUUUGUGGUUAACAAUGUGUCCUCCUGUGAGCUAGUGAAGCCACAAGCAGUGUGUCCAUAUAACACAGGCAUAGGCAAACUCCUGCCCUCCAAAUGUUUGGGACUACAAAUCCCAUCAUCCCUGACCACUGGUCCUGUUAGCUAGGGAUGGUGGGAAUUGUAGUCCCAAACAUCUGGAGGGCUGGAGUUUGCCUAUGCCUGAUAAAACGCAGUAGUGUCAUCCCUGCAACGGCAUAAUGGCAGCAUCACAUAAUUUUUCUGUGUCCCAGCAAUGUAGCUGCUUCCUUUUCCUUGUAGGAGGAGCGAAUGGUGACUCUUCAUUCUGUGGAAGGAUUUAAAAGGGUGAACUCAAGGACAGUGUUAGGGUUAAACCUGUGCCCCUGGCAUCUCAUCGACCCCAGUCAUUCGUUUGCUAGCCCCAUCUUGGGUUGAUGUUGCUUUCCUUGGCCAUGCUGGACUGUGGCAGAAUGUCAGGAAGUGGGCAUUCAUUUCCUCAAGCCUCUGGAAAAAUGUCAUGGUCCUAUGGCAUUUUUCGCAGGGAGAAAGGCAAACAUGGCAGAGAGGGGCAUGUUUGCCUCUGCUGCAAAGCAUAUGCUGCCACUUUGAGCUAUCCCAGCAAUAGGGAUGGAGGAAUCUCAAAAUUUUUGUUCCUUCUCAUUUUUAAGUUCAGUUUGCAAACUCUUCUUUUAAAAGUCCUCCUGAAAAUUCAUCAGCAUUUUACUGUGCUUUCCCGCUAUCGUACACAUUUUGUAUGUCAUUUUGACUAAUAUACACAUUUCUGCAAACAAUUUCCCCUAAUAUAAUGCAUUUUUGCAUGCUUUCACAUAAUGUAUGCAUUUUUCAAUAUUGUUGCAUGCCACCCUAAUCUCUGAGCAGUGCAAGAUUCCUGGGGUUCCAGGUUCUUUCCCAGGGUUCAUGUUUUCUUUUGGCAAUGAGGCACAGUGGAAACUGUGGUGUCUUCAUGAUAUAUGCUUUCGUUACACAUAUGUACAACCUGAGCCUACAAUGGGGGGGUUCCCAUAGUCAUAGCUUUGGAUUGCAGCAGAAAUCUCACUCUCUGACUUCUGCCUGCUUCUCACCCAUCUCUCUCCCCCCCCCCACGACCACACACUCUUUUGUCUUUCUCACUAUCAGCCAGGUGAGGGAGGGGUCCACCCAUUUGCCCUGUGGCAUAGAGCAACUUCUUUGCUCAUAGGACCCAUACUUAAGGACCGUUAUGGCCCUUGCCUGUAAUUCAACAAUGGGAUGCUCCAUUAGUGUUACCAUUACUGGAUCCAGGAAUUAGAAGGGACUCUGGUAUCAUACAGCCUAAUCGUUCCCUCAAUUCACAAGAAAAUAUUUUUUAUUUGGAGAACUGCAUUGCAAAAUUGGGGGUUUUGAAGGAUGGCUGCCCCUUGGUGUGUGUAUUGUUUCAGGACGUGCAUAUUAGGUAGCUUUGCAUUAAAACUGUGAAGCCAACUAAAUUUCUCCUUCAUCUGUAGCCAGCAACAAUCUAGUAUUAACACUCACCCAUAAGACUGGGCUAGCACUUGUCUGAGUGGGCUGGAUGUCAAGUUUUGCUUCUGAAGCUUUCUUGUUGUUUGUUGUUGUUUAGUCGUUUAGUCGUGUCCAACUCUUCGUGACCCCAUGGACCAGAGCACGCCAGGCACUCCUGUCUUCCACUGCCUCCCGCAGUUUGGUCAAAUUCAUGUUGGUAGCUUCGAGAACACUGUCCAACCAUCUCGUCCUCUGUCGUCCCCUUCUCCUUGUGCCCUCCAUCUUUCCCAACAUCAGGGUCUUCUCCAGGGAGUCUUCUCUUCUCAUGAGGUGACCAAAGUAUUGGAGCCUCAGCUUCACGAUCUGUCCUUCCAGUGAGCACUCAGGGCUGAUUUCCUUCAGAAUGGAUAGGUUUGAUCUUCUUGCCAUCCAUGGGACUCUCAAGAGUCUCCUCCAGCACCAUAAUUCAAAAGCCUUUAUGGUCCAGCUCUCCCUUCCAUACAUCACUACUGGGAAAACCAUAGCUUUAACUAUACGGACCUUUGUCGGCAAGGUGAUGUCUCUGCUUUUUAAGAUGCUGUCUAGGUUUGUCAUCGCUUUUCUCCCAAGAAGCAGGCGUCUUUUAAUUUCGUGACUACUGUCACCCUCUGCAGUGAUCAUGGAGCCCAAGAAAGUAAAAUCUCUCACUGCCUCCAUUUCUUCCCCUUCUAUUUGCCAGGAGAUGAUGGGACCAGUGGCCAUGAUCUUAGGUUUGUUUAUGUUGAGCUUCAGACCAUAUUUUGCACCCUCGUCUUUCAACCUCAUUAAGAGGUUCUUUAAUUCCUCCCCACUUUCUGCCAUCAAAGUUGUGUCAUCUGCAUAUCUGAGGUUGUUGAUAUUUCUUCCAGCAAUCUUAAUUCUGGCUUGGGAUUCAUCCAGUCCAGCCUUUCAUAUGAUGAAUUCUGCAUAUAAGUUAAAUAAGCAGGGAGACAGUAUACAGCCUUGUUGUACUCCCUUCCCAAUUUUGAACCAAUCAGUUGUUCCAUAUCCAGCUUUCUAGCUUUCUAGCAUGGAGUAAAUUGUUUUAUCACAUUGUUUGUACUGAGUUCGACAAAUUGGUUAUACAGUGUCCUGGAUAUGUUCCCAAAAGAGUAAUGGUGACUGAGAAGACAGCUGUCACUUAUAGCCAUGCCAACAGGAGCAAGGAAAACAGGGUGGUGAUGAUGGGCAAUCAAUUCUGUUAAGUCAACGGUGCCAGACACGACUUCUCCUGAAUGUGAGUGGGUGCCAGAUACUAAUGGACACAGCUGAUUACCAUGACCAGAAGAAAAUGCUAAUGAAAAUAUUGCAAAAAGCAAUUGUUUGUGGAUGGAAAAAUAGAUGAGUGGAUUCCUUUCUGCAAACAAUUGCUUUUUCCUGGCUUAUGCCAUGUAGCAUUUCCCUGCUAAUACACAAAACACUGCUAGUCAUGUUGCAGGUAAUAUAGGAUGAUGCUUUUUCCAAGAUUCCUUACUCGGAGCAGAGGCUGGUGGGUAUUAGAUGAUGUGCUUUUAGAGCAAUACUUUUUGCAUUGACUUCUAACAUCUCAAAGUUGGAGGCACCACCAUGUCCUUCAAAUCGCUCUGGGGAGAUAGUGUAACAAGGCACACCGAGACUAAUUAUCUUCAAUCUUUUUAGACCCAACUUUAACUCGGCCUAUAUCAUAGGACCCACUUUUAAUUUUUUUUAUCAUAUGAUGUCCACCUCUCUCUUUCUUCCCUCCCUUCUGUUUCCCUCUUAGCGUCUCUUAAUACUCCUCUGUUUUUCCUGCCUACAGCCUAUUGUUCUUCCUUUCCCUUUCUCCUUCACUUGUCUUAAAAGCAUUUGAAAGAAUCAUGGUGCCACCACUGCAACCCAUUUGUUCUUCACAAGCUGCAGGGAAUUGUCAUAGCUCCAUGGUAGAGAAUCUGCUUUUGCAGUUCCAGGUUCAAUCCCUGGAAUCUCCAGAUAGGGCUAGGAAGGUCCCUCACCUGAAACCCUGGAUAACUGUCAGUGCCAACAGUGCUGAGCUGCAGGGACCAAUGGUGUGACUCAGUGUAAGGCAACUUACUACAUUCCUAAGCUGAAGUCCAGUGACUGACCCUGAUCUUAGAGGCUGAGAAGAGUGCAGUUUCGGCACUCCUUACAGCUGCAACCCAAAGAUUAUUUGUUUACUUAUUCAAUUUGUAUACCGCCCUUCAUUCAGGGAUCACAGGGUGGUUCACAAUACGAAAUCACAAAAAUACAUAAGAUAGUAACAAACAAAAACAAUAACUCCCACAUCUAGUCCAGCAUCCUGUUCUCUCAGUGAUCAACCAGAUGCCUAUGGAAAGCUUGUAAGAAGGACCUGAGUCUAACAGUGUUUUCUCUCCCCACUUGUGACUUAAAGCAACUGGUGUUCAGAGGCAAACAUGUUGGUGAUGAUCCCUGCUUCUUUUUUUCUUUCUCUUUUUUGAAAUAAAUUUUAUAACAAUACAAAAUGCAUAUCCAUAUUUAGAGAUUUCUCCGAAUCUCUGGACUUCCCACCUUCCCCUCCAUGGGUCCUAUUGUCAACCUUUUCAGCUGCAUAUUUUUUCAUAAUCCAUCUUUUAUGUCUUUCCAUUUUGUCCAUAAUAUUUGCUACAUUACAAGUAUUAGUACAAUCCUGCUAAUGUUUUCAUCUGCCUAUAGUGGUCUCCAAGAUAAUUUUUUUAUUGAAAUUUUGGUCUUCUUGGUUCUUGAGCCUUCCACUUACUUUUGCCAUUUUGGCAUAAUCCAACAGCUUAGUUUGCCAUUCCAGUCUGGUAGGGACUUUGUCUUCUUUCCAUCUCUGGGCUAGUAAUAUCCGUGCGGCUGUUGUCACAUACAUAAAAAGUCUUUUCUGCUCCUUUGGAAUAUCGGUACCUACAAUUCCUAAUAAAAAAGCUUCUGGUUUUUAACAAAAGCUAUUUUAAACAUUUUUCCCCCAAUUCAUUAUAUAUCAUUUCCCAUAAUGCUUUUGUUACCUUACAUGUCCACCACAUGUGGUAGAAGGUGGUGACCAUUACUGCUUCUUUUGUGGGGGAACCAAUUUCUUUGUUUAGCAAUGUGCUGGCUGAAGAAGUGACCUGGACAAGAAAUAGACUUGUGACAUCCAUUCCCAACUAGGUGAAGGCAUACAUGUAAUUGCAGGAGCACUCCUUGUCCAGCUUCUUUCCAUGCCAUUGUGCUUAUUUAUUGUACUCCAAGAAGCUGAAAUGCCAUUUAAUUUGUGCUUACAAACCCUUCCUGUUUUCCCGUGUGCAGACCAGGACCAGCAGAAAAGAGAGGCGCUCAUUAAAGCAGUUGAGAAAUACAAAAAAGAAAUGUCCCAGAUCCCUUCUGGACCUCCAUGUCAUCCCAGGAGUGUUUCCACGGAGAAUUGUAAAGUAUGCGGAGGAUAUUGAUUGUGCAAUCUGUAUGCAACUUAUUUCUGAAGGCACUGAAACAUUAGCUGCCUUUCUGUUUUGCUCCCAAGGGACAACGUCCCAAGCUAGCUCAACCUAUGGCUGGCACUUUCCACUCCUAUUAAGAAUUCUGACAAUCUCAGCUUUCCAUUUUUUCCUCCUCUAAAAAAGUAAAGCAAGCCUCUAGACUUCCAGGUUGUCCAUAAAUGCUUGAAUCUAAGCUGGCAGCUGGAAAGAAAAUAAGAACUCAGUCAUGCCAUCAGGGCAGGAUUUGGGGGGAGGGCAGAGGUCCAUGGCCCCACUCAACAGAAUGAGAAACCCAGCAAGGUUAGCUUACCACAUUUUAAAAUUAUUAUAUAAUAUUUAGUUUAUGAAUUAUGUGAAGUAGCAUACUCUACCAUCUAAAAGAAGUCCUCCCCAUUUUAGACCAGUAAGUCCAGAGUCUAAGUUACCUAACUGUACCAUUGAAAGAAUUAUAUUGUUUUAAAAUUCCAUGGGUCUCCAGACAUAGUUUCAUAUGAUAGUCUGGUGAUGACCAUGGGGGGAAAUCAGGAUAAUCUUGCAUUUGGAAUGAAUCAUAGAAUUGUAGAAGGGACCACACAUUUAACGCACAUUUAAACCAUGUUACUUCCCCUAAAGUAUCCUGGGAAUUGUGGUUUGUACCUCACAGUUGCCAGCAACCUAAACAAACUAAAAUUACCAGGAUUUUUAAAAUCUGCUUUCUUCCAGGUUGGAGGACCUGUGUGCUGAACAACUCCUUUGGGUUGGUGGCUGCUCAGUGGCACCCCUGGCUUCCCCUUACUCAACGAAGCUUGUUUUUGUUUUAAUUAAACUUCUUAUUACUAUUACAUUAGCAUUAAGCCAGGCAUUGCGCAGUCAGUACUUAAUUUAAACUCUUUUCCCCAGCACCAUUUGUUUCGCCCACUCUGCAACUGAAACUAAUUGGCACAUUCCCCAUGUGAUCUGGCAUGUUCCUGUGAGUCGGAGACAUUAGCCAUAAACAUUGACACGAUGACCUAAGCUGUGUUCAGUGCCACCUUCAGCUCAAUAUCCCAGUCACUCACUUCAUCCUGUUGUUUUUGCCUCACCUCAACAAGAAACAGUGAUGCCAUCGUGGCAAACCUGCUCCCACCUAAAAAAAAACCCCACAGCUUUUGGGGACUUCUAAGUCAGACCCUGACUUAGGGACGCGGGUGGCACUGUGGCUUAAACCACAGAGCCUAGGGCUUGCCAAUCAGAAGGUCAGCGGUUCAAAUUCCCGCAACGGGGUGAGCUCUUGUUGCUCGGUCCCUGCUCCUGCCAACCUAGCAGUUCGAAAGCACAUCAAAGUGCAAGUAGAUAAAUAGGUACCGCUCUGGCGGGAAGGUAAACGGCCUUUCCGUGCGCUGCUCUGGUUCGCCAGAAGCAGCUUAGUCAUGCUAGCCACAUGACUGUACACCGGCUCCCUCAGCCAGUAAAGUGAGAUGAGUGCUGCAACCCCAGAGUCGUCCAUGACUGGACCUAACGGUCAGGGGUCCCUUUACCUUUAAGUCAGACCCUGGCAAGGUAAAUUUUAUGUGCAACCAAGUCCUCAACUGUAAACAUGCCACACAAUAAUGGGGUAAGAAUUCUGAAGUGAUCAAUUUGUCCCACUGCAGACUUUGGGUAAGCAGAGUUUUGCAUGUUUCCCAUGCAUUUUUAAAAAGUAAAGGAAAUCCCUGCGGUUAGAAAAUACUUCCUUGCAUUAAAAAGAAUCCAUGGAACUAGGAACCUAGCUGGGUAAAGAGCUGGCUGGGCUGAAAACAAUAGUCGCUAUAGUUCAAGAGUGGCCCUUUAGAUGGCAAUAUUGCAGUAACAUCACUGAGCAGCUAAUUAUGUGCGGAUGGUUCAGUAUAAAUCUACCACUAAUGCUUCAUUAUUGCACCAGUGACAUGUUGCAGAAUAUACUUGCCCCCAAAACCCAUCACCUGCCUGUCUGAAGAGGCCUACUUUCUCUCUGGACUUAUAAGCAGGAAGUCAUGUAACAUCUAACCAAAUACAAUUUAGAGAUUGAUGCAGAGAUGAGGUAUUGUGGUUACUUCUAUGUUUGGAAGAAAUUGUUUUUGUCAGGUCCAUGCAACUGAUGGCCCACUAGUGAUGUUUUGUAGGUGCAAACCUGCAAACCGCAGUCACAAUAUAACACCAGGUAGCAUUAACUGUGGUUUACCGUGACACGUGAACCGAGACAGUCCUGAACAAAAGCACACAUACAUAAUUAUUUAUGCCGCCUUUCCAUAAUUUAAACCAUGCUGAAGAUGGCUUACAACAUGAAAAAAUACCUUCUCUACAAUGUAACAAAAGUAGUCAGGAAAUGUUUUUUCUCCCAUCUGCAGUGGCUACAGAGCAGCCCGACUUACACUUCCAGUGGACAAAUGCGAUCCAUGAAAAAAACAGAGCAGCACUGUCCUCCGUGUUUCAAGAAGAUGCUUUCAAGUAGUCAUUCCCCAGUUUUGAGAGCAGAGGAGGCCAUCCAUGAUAUUGUCCAGUGGUCUUUAUCUCAGACUCAAAACAGUGGCAGAAGUAUAUUCCCGCAACGUCCUCUUUCAUCCACCAAGUCUCGCCUACCAGUUCUGAGCCAUGCCAGAAAGAAGAAGCUUCAAAUCCGUCAGAAGAAUUUUUUUGCUGCUGAUCUCCUGGACAGACAUGCACAGUGGUUCACUGAAACAGUCCAGCCUUUUACUCCCAGAGUUUUGAAAACAGCAAGCAAGCCAUACCUUUCAAAAUACAGGUAUUAUAAUGGCCCACAUGGAAAGAAAAGCCCCUCGCUUCAUCAACAAUCGUUCAAAAGACCAAAUAAGUUUAACAGGUAGGCCACUCAUCAGCUUAGUUUGCAUGUAGUGGGCUAAACACAGCCAUGGCUUGUCAGUGUUAUUCAACAUUUCAUUUUUCAUUUUUCAGGUCUUCAGAAGAUGAAUGUCUAAGAUCUUAUGCAGAUUACUCUGUGAGGCAUCCAGUUGAGGUUGUUGUUCCCUGUUUGGGUGCUGAAUGAAAUUACACGAGCAGAAAUAUUCAGAAAUAUAAGCAAUUCUGGUCUUGAGCAUAGUGUGAUUUUAAAAAGCAAUUAGAAACAUGAUAGAAAUGCAUCCGGAAUGGCUAAACUUUUUUUAAAAAACAGUGAAUAAUGUUAUUAGGUGCUGUUAAGUCAAACUGUUAUGAAAGCAAUUGGAAAUUGUACUUGGGAAAUCUAGUAUUUCGAGGGGGAUGAUAACAGUGGCCCUUUUUGAUCUAAAACAGGGCUAGCCUUAAAAUAAACAGUAGAAUCAUAGAAUCCAUUUGCCCAACAUGGGGCUUGAACCCACAGCCCUGAGAUUAAGUCUCACGCUCUACUGACUGAGCUGUCCCUAAAGGAUAUGACAAUAGGUGUUUAAAAGCAUAACUGCUGAAUCACCCAACAAUAAUUGCUGAAUCACCCAACCCAGUAUUCUCCCUGCAAAAAAAGAGACCAUAAAAUCACAAAUAAUAUGUUCAGUUAAAGUAAUGUUGUUACAGAUCUUGAGGAACACAAUAUCCUUUCACUUUGCCAUAUUUUACCCUUUAAGAAAAUAGCAAAGAAAAACGUCUGAACGUAAAGUUUCUCCUUUUACUUUUCCUGAUUAAUGCAAUUUUUUUUUUUAAAAAAAAGGAAAAUAAGAGCAGUUUCAGAAUGCAGGGAAGGACUGUAGCUCAGUGUUAGAGCAUCUGCUUUGAAUGCAGAAGGGAGUCAAACCCUGAUAUUUCCAAGUAAGGCUGGGAGAAACUCCUUGCCUGAAACCCUUGGGAUCCAGGGCUCGUCAGUGUAGACAAUACUGAGUUAGAUGGGGCCAAUUGUGGGCUCAGUUUAAGGCAGCUUCCUAUGUUCCUAAGGUAUCACAAAAGCACAUGUAUAAUCAUAAAUGCCUUCCUGAGCUGGUAUAAAAAUGGUGUGGUUAGCUUAUUCCUACCUAAGCAAAAAUUUCCAGACCUGUUUUGCACCUUUCAAAGCAAGGCUCAACAAUGAACAUCAUAGUUUUGCCUCUUUGGUAAAACAACGGGCAAUAGGGCACCAUUGGGAGACUAAUUUGCCUGGGUUUUUGCUUAUUUUUCACGAGAUCAGAAACAGCGCAAUUGUAACCCUCAUGCUGUCAGAAGGUCCUUGAUCCGGUGAAGUCUUCUUUCAGCAGAACAGGAAUGAAGGCAAUUUUUGCUGAUCCUUUCUCUGUCCCACAACCCCACCUCACCUCCAGUGAAGUUCUGAAGGGUCCCUCAACCCUUUGGAGUAGACUGUGGGGUGGGGAGUGGGGUCAGGCAACUGCAGUGGGAGGGAGAAUCAGCAGAAAUCCCUUCUCUUCCUGUUCCACUGCUGAAAGUCUCCACUGGCUCAAAAAAACUUUCCAACAGCAUGAAGGACACCUCCCUUAUGAACCUAUUGUGAAAUUUGAUCAGGGACUCACAGAUUUUAAACUCUGAAGUUUUUACAGGCAAACCCCGACUCUGCACAAGGGUUGCAUAAGCCCACCCUUCCCCUGUUAUGCCCUGCCCUCUUCCGGGUCAGAAAAUGACCUGCACAUGCUUUGAAUGUGCACAAAAUGGGAGCUGCCUGUACCUGAGCAUUUGCCCUAUUUUAUUUAAAACAAUAAGUAUUUUUUGUUAUCUACAUCCAAGCAGAAAGCAGGCUCAAAUUUGAUAUGUAGUGCACUUCUUUUGUAAACAAUAUUGACAUGUAAAACAAACAAACAAACAAAUAAAUGCAAGGAGUGUGUGGUUUAUAUUGUAAGAACUGCACCCGAGAGAGUUAUGGUCAGCUCUCAAGUACCUUUCCUCAUACUGAUUCCUAGGACAUCUUCUCUGUGCAUGCCUACACACUGUGUACCUUAUGAGCUUCCCUAUUAAAAGAGGGUACUUUUCUAGAAGCAAACAGUGGUUAGACCACUGUUGGUUCACAUAAUGCAUCUAGCAGGAAGCUAGCUAUUGUAGAAUUACAAAAUACAAGAUUAAGCGAUACUAGAAUAUAAAGCAAUUGCUUGUUUUCUUUUUGUCCAUUGUAGAAACACCCACAUAACUCAAUUUCUCUUCACUCACUGCUUCUUGCAAAGUAAGUAUAUUGUACAUUAUUUAAUAAUAAUCAUAAUAAUAACAGCAACACACCCGUCCCUAUGUAAUGCAAUACUAAAAACCUAAUGCUUAUAAAAGAUUCAGACAACCUGGAAUAUGAAGAUAACUGAGUUAUAAGAACUUCAGAAGAGGCCUGCUGGGUCACACCAAAAGCCAAAUGGUUAUGUAGUCCAGCAUCCUGUUUGCAGGACAAAUCCUCUCUCUGUCUUUGUAACUUUUAUCUUCUCAGUGAUCAGUACAAUAUAGGCGUACAAGGAAAAAGAAGGAGGAUGUGUCUGGUUCAUAGACUGCAGUACAGUCAAAGUUGGAUAAGUGCUUUUAAAAGAGUUUACUAUUAAUGAAGAGUCUGGACUUAUGUAAAACUGAAGCCUUAAUUUCUUCAAAAUAAAUAUCAUUUCUGCUGCUGUGCUUCUCUCCUGCUCUAACUCCUUACUCUCUGCAUUGAUUUCCUUGCUGGUUGAAGGUGUGUUCCCUUCAAACUAUGUUUUUCUUUUGUGUCACUGACUUUCUCCUCCUGCCUUAUUUCCUGAUUCUCUCACUUAGUUCCCAUAUUGAUGUGACAUUUUGUGCCUCAGGGACAGAGCAGACUUAGCCUGCAACUGGUUCUAUCUUGUUCUAUCACUGGCAAUUAAAGGAUUUUAGUGCAGUAACUACAUGAGGCUGUGAAGUAGCCUGUAAGUUGGCUGAAGGGACCAAUAGCCCUAGACCCCACUAUACAUCUAAAACAGUCCUGUACCACUUUAAACAGCCAUGGCUCCCUGCACAGAAUCCUGGGAACUGUAGUUUGUUAAGGGUACUGAGUUGUACUCCAUUCAUGGUACAUAACUACAAUUCCCAGGGCUCCCUGGGAAGAGGGAUUGACUGUUAAACCACUCUGUGUGGAAUUAAAAGUCUGGGAACAAGCAAUAUCCCUCUGGCUGAAAAUCCAUUACAAUCCUAAGGGUCUAUUACCUUGCUUCCUGGCCGCAGUUCCCUAUCCUCCUUGGCUUUUGCAAAUAACUAACAAGAUCAAACAAAUUGGCCUAAACCCUGAAAAUAUUUUUAUUGGAACUUUGAACAAGGCAAAAACUACUAUCACUCGGAGACUUUAUGAUAUCGAAUUACAACAAGAAGGCGCCCUACUCCCAGAGACGUAUAGAUGUUUAAAAGCUUGGCCUAAUUUUGCAGCUGCCCCUUACUUAACUAACAUCACUAACGAAACCUAUAGAUGGGCUUUCUCUAGAGCCCGCUUUGAGACAAUGCCCUCAGCAGUGCUGUACGGCAAAUUCACGCGAGUUCCAAUGCAUGCGCGUCUCUGCCCUUGUAUGUCUAAUAAGGUAGAAUCUGUCACACACAUUCUUCUAUCUUGCGAAUUCUAUAGUGAAGAACGAGUUCAACUUAUUUUACCACUUCUAUCAAAAUUUAUACCCCUUCAAUAUUAUUUGGAAUCCUCCCUGAAAUUCUUCGAAAAUACCUCCUGGAAGAUUCCUCAAGCUCAGUAUCAUAUGAGGUGGCUAAAUUUUGCACUUUAGUAAUUAAGAAGCGUAAAUCUCUUCUGUUGAAUGGCACACUGGGAAGUUCUCUUGUGUAACCUUUUUUCUUUUCUAAAGUUGUUGCUGUUUUCUUGUUGUCUGAUCUUAUGGUGCUUAGUGUCACUGGCUUUGGCCGCAAUAAAUUUGAACUUGAACUAAACCACUCUGUGAAUUGUAGCUCUGUGAGGGGACUAGGGGAGGGUCUCCUAAAAACUCUCAACACCAUUAACAAACUACAGUUCCCAGGAUUCUUUGGGAGAAGCCAUGACUAUUUAAAGUGGUAUGGUACCGCUUUAAAUGUAUAUUGCAAAUGGGGCCCUUUUUAGUAUGUUCAGGUUUGGCAUAUCUAAUAGGGGUAUGUGUUAGAUUCAGAUGACUCCUGAGUCCCACAGCAAAGUGGGGAGUCUCAGAUAGAUUUCUGGAAUUUCAGAGGUGAAAUGCGAUCUCCAUGACAUGGCAUGAGUUGAAGCCAGGGCCUCUGAAAUGCUUCAUGGUAUUUGAAGCAAUCACAACAUUAAAAAUAAAUGCAAGAAUAACACCUAUUAGCUUUAUUGUCGUAUUCAAAUCAGUGGGUCUACAAAAUGCUUAAAUUUGACAGGUCAUGCCCAUUGAUCUGCCUUUCAUCUAAUGUACUUGAAGUUGCGAGCUUCCGGGUUGGCGCCACCGGCAAUGGCGGAAUUCCUCUGACCGGGAGGAAUUUGCCCCGUGGGAAAUUGGGUCUGGCCGCCACGGCGAAGGCGGAGACCCGCAAAAAAUCACAGGCGGGAGAAGCCUGUGAACGUGGGAUUCGGCGGGCACCUUCUGCGCCUCCCCUACUCGUGGGGAAACCCGUUUUCGGGGCUCCGGAGCAACGUGGGGUGAGUGGCGCGGUGCUUCGAAUCGUCUGCUUCUUCCACGGAGCGAAGCCGCACAGCCGUUGCCGGAGAGCGCUGACUUUUUCCUGUGGACAAUUUGAUUUUAAAGUAAUUACCCGUGAGUAUAGCUGAAACAGGAGAAUUGGAUUUCUAAAAGUAUAAUUUGGUAUCGAAGCGGGGAGGUUCAAAACAGGAAGUCCGCCUUCCCCUUUUGUAAAUAGACUGAGGCAAUGAAGCUGUAAGCUGGAGUCCUGGAAAGUCUUUUGUAAAAGAUUAAAGUUCCAUCGGUAAAGAACAAAACCCCUCUUUGGAGGCAGGAGAAGAGGGGGGGAAGUUGUGGACUGAGUAUGCCUGCAGGAGAGAGCGAAGAGAUCUAAAACACCGCUGCUCUGACCCGGGAAACGGGCUGCUAGUAGGACUGACGUAUUUUGGAAUGUUCAUUGACAGCGUUUAGAACGUUCAUUGACAGCUAGUUAAACAAGAGAAAUACAUUGUUUCUACUGUUUCCGGCUGCUUUAAAAAGGAGUAAAAGUAACUGAAAAUUGAAACUAACUUGAAACUAAUUUUUGGAUUGUUUAAAAGAGGAUACUAUUGACUAUUACAAAUAGAAACUGUUUCCCCCUAGUGGAAACCUUUGAAACCGGUUGCUUUACAAGAGUUGGGUUAGGGGAAUUUCCAGCUGCAAGACUCUGGGACUGACCUUGAAUCUUUCAAGUGUUAUGGUAAAUGGAAGAGGAAAAACAGACCAGUCAACUGCUGACAAAACAUUAAGGUCUGGGAGGACUUGGCAACAAUCCAGGAGAGGUCCAUCAUCAGGCCCCCUGCUUUUUCUGUUGCAGCCUUUGUACCAGUAUAUGUAAAACCAAGAGAAAUGUUGACAGAAGAGGCUCUAGUGGCUGCAUUAUUUAAGAUCAAUGACUCAUUGGAUCAGCUUCACAGGAAAAUGGACACGAUAAAUGCGAAAGUGGAUGUUUCAAUCAUUAAAACUAACUUAAAUAUAGAAAGUAUAAAUAAUACUAAUAUAGAAACUACCCAGAAAUUGACACACGAACCUAUUUCGAUACGGCAAACUGCGGAGGAGGCCAGGGAAAAAGCUGUUGUUGCUGAAUGUAAAGAAACACAACUGGAGAGAAAGAGAAAGAGAGCCCCAGCCCUACAGAAGCAACUUGAUGAAUAUAAGUUGACGCUUGCUAUGACUGAACUUAAAGAAAAACAGACGAAUUUGAGGAUUAGAGUUCACCUUUGGUGGACAUGCCCAAGGAUUAAGACACUUUGGGAGAUGAUUCAUAAUGAAAUGAAAAAGGUAUUUAAAUAUACCUUUUUGAAGAAACCAGAGGCCUUUCUCCUGGGCAUGGCCGGCCAAUUGGUGUUAAAGAAGGAUAGAACUCUUUUCAUGUAUGCAACAAUAGCAGCAAGAAUACUCAUUGUGAAGUACUGGAAGACACAAGACUUAUCUAUCCUGGAAGAAUGGCAGAUGAAGUUGAUGGACUACAGUGGUGCCCCGCAAGACGAAUGCCUCGCAAGACGAAAAACUCGCUAGACUAAAGGGUUUUCCGUUUUUUGAGCUGCUUCGCAAGACGAAUUUCCCUAUGGGCUUGCUUCGCAAGACGAAAAACGAAAACGUCUUGCAAGUUUGUUUCCUUUUUCUUAACACCGUUAAUACAGUUGCGACUUGACUUCGAGGAGCAACUCAUAGAACGCGGUGUGGUAGCCUUUUUGAGAUUUUUGAAGACUUUGGUAUUUUUGAAGCUUUUCCAAAACUUCUUUUAAACUUUUAAAACUUUUUUGGGGGUUUUUGGAUUUUGGGUUGGGGUGUUUGGAAUUCAAGGACUUGGUGUUGGGGAGGGGUUUGCAAUAAUCUGGAAGCUUGUUUUUCCCCCCUGCAUUUUUAUGAUUUUCUGUGACCAUUGGGCCACUCUGCUGUUUUUUGUUGUUUUUUUUAAAUCUGGAUUUGAAUUUCUGUGUGGUGUGUGGCUGGGGGAACAGUUGAGGAGGGGUUUGCAAGAAUCUGGAAGCUUGUGUGGUUUUUUUCUGAAUUUUUAUGAUUUUCUGUGACCAUUGGGCCACUCUGCUGUGUUUUUUUAAAAAAAAGAAUCUGGAUUUGAAUUUCUGUGUGGUGGGUGGCUGGGGGAACAGUUGAGGAGGGGGUUCUUCAGCAAGAAGCAAAGAGUGGAAGAGGAACCUUCUUCGAGUUGUCCCCCAGAGUCUUAGAAAAUGUACUGUACACUUUGUUGAUUUUUAAAUGUUUUUCUGUCAUGUUUAGAAACUUAAUUUAUUGUUCCUUCAAUUUUUGAAAUGCUCUUUACAGUAUGUGUGACUUUAAAGAGCACUUAAUAAACUCUUGUUGUACCAAAUUUGGCUUUGUUUGGACUUUUUUUGACCAUAGGAACGCAUUAAUUGAAUUUCAAUGCAUUCCUAUGGGAUUUCGUGCUUCGCAAGACGAAAAAUUCGCUAGACAAAAAAACUCGCGGAACGAAUUAAUUUCAUCUUGCGAGGCACCACUGUAUAUGGAAUUGGCGGAAACGACUGGCAGAAAUCCAAGACCAGGGAGAAGAGUCGGUGGAAGAAGACUGGAAAAAGUUUAAGACUAUUUAUAGAAAUAUUGUAAAAAUAAUGAAUGUUAGAAAAAUGUUGGAAUGAAGUUAUAUGGCUUUAGUAGAAAUGCUAUAAGGAAUUAAGUAUAAAUAGACUAAUAGAGUAUUAAAGGGAAAAAUAAGAUUAGAAUAUGUUAAGAUAAUUAUAGGAUAGAAAACAGAGGAAGAUGGAAAGGAAUUGCUGAAACAAUUAAUAGAAGUGGAAUACAAAAAGGGAGGUGUGAGGAGGUCGUGGAAAUAAGGGAAUGAAAGUUAAGAUAUUGAAAUUGUUUUGUGUUUUAAAUGGUUUGCGUCUUGUUUUGUUAAUCUUAUGUUUUUUCUCUUCUUUUCUUUGCUUUUUCUUUUCCUUUUUUGUUUUCUCUGUUUUAUUGUGUUUAAAUGGUUGGAAAAUCAAUAAAUAUUAUUUUUUAAAAAAUGAAGUUGCUAGCAAAAUUGGUAACGCAUAAAAAACAGUAUUUCUUUAAUUUACUUAUCUUGGUAUUCUGUUUCAUGCUUAUGAAGAGAAGAAGAGUUGAAGUACCUUCAGUUUCUCCAGGAACUUGCAAGUGACAUUUUGAGGAGAAGCUGUUUCCGCAAGGAGUGAGUACUCUGUUUUUUCUAAUCGUUAAUUAAUUCAAGGGUGGCUAAUCUGUGAACUUCUGAAUGUUGUUGGACUACAGUCCCAGUCAAUCAUGGGUUUUCAGAAUUGUACACUGUUCAGAUAUGUGUAUAUGUCUGCUGCAGUAUAAAAACUCAAAACCCACUAACAACACAGCGGUAAUAAUAAAACAAUGGCAGACAAUGCACUAGAAAAGUGCAGUAUAAAAAGAAAUGUUGCGAGUUAGGUGCCUAAAAAUUAACGGUGCACAUAUGUUGUCUGGUACCCGGUGAAAUGAUGAAGAGUUAGACAGAAAAGAAGCUUUACCUUACUGUUGACCUUUUCUUGCCUUUGCUUCUGUAAAGUCAUUGAUUAUGUUCUCAAACACUAGGCUGCACAGAAGACUUGCUUCUGCACUCAUCAGCACCAAAGUGUUUAGUCUUGCAUUCAGCAUGCUUGCCCUUACUUCAUUUUUUUCUUUGUGCGAUUUUUGAAAACCACCUCUCGGCACUGAAGUUGGUGAUGGGCAACCACAAGUAAAUUCAGAGGGCAACAUCUACAUUUAGGAAAGCGCCCUCCAUUUUGUUAUCUCAUAUAUUAUUUAGAGAAGGCAGUGGCAAACAUGACAGUUUCACAAGACACUUCAACUGGGGGGAAAUGCUUAAGGAAAUGAUUUAACAAGGUCUUUGGGGGUAACAUUCUUGUAAAUCUGUAGCAGCAUUGAAGAUGUUUUCGCUCGACAUCUCAGUCAAAUUGCUGAGGAAUCGAAAGUUGUUGAGUGCAACUUUGAUGGCACUAAUAUGUGAACUUCAUGCAAGUGAGUAACCUAUUAAUAAUUGGAUAAAAUGAUUCUGCUCUGAACUUUUGAGAGCCUUCCAAAACAACUUUAUUUUCUCAUGCUUCAUCAGACAUGGGCCUGUGGAAGUGUUUAGGGUUUUUUUGCUGUUGAAGACAUGAUUUCUACUCAUGACAUCACUAAGGUCAAGUACUUCUUCCUCAAAACUUUGAAAACUUUCACACAAAGUAGCAAUGUAGGCGGUAAAACACUUCAGCAAAUGGGCUCAAGCACAAAUAUUUAGCAUUUCUUCUUGUAGGCUGACACUUCCAACAUGGAAUCUUUCAAGGCUGGGUUCCCACAAGACAGCCAUAAAGGCGACCUCUAGUUUUUCCAUUUUUUCACCAUUUUGUGUUGCUCAUUUUUUUCUUUUUCUUUUCUUUUAAGUCAUGUAUAUAUUUCUCUACAAAACACUAACAAAGCCUACCAAACAUUCUUCGAUCUCAACAUCAGAAGUUAACAUAGCACAAGAUGUAAAUCAACUGGUCAAAGUGUGAUACGUCAGGAAAAGAGUCAAUGACUAUAGAGGAGUACUUGGCAGUAAUUAUUUCCAUGCACAAAGCACACCCCCCCCCAUUUAAUAAAUAAAAUGUUUAGGUGCAAAGCUCUACACGUGCUGUCUCUGCGAUCCUGUACACACUUACUCAGGAGUAAAUUCCACUGAAGUGAAAGGGACUUGCUUCUGAAAUGACAUCCGUAGGACUGCUCUGUAGAUCUUCUUAUGUAUUACACAAACAUAAUAUGUGAAGAAAACCUUAAAGUUGUUUCUAUGGCGGUGGCCCUUACUUUUUUUUUUUAUAACAUUAAAGUGGAAAUCCUAGGGUAGAACCAGGAUUUCUCUUUACUGCUUUGAAAAAUAGGCCAGCAUCUAUUUUUCUUGUUGCUGUUUUCAUUGCUUUAUUUUGGCUCUCUUUCAUGUCUCUGCUGAUGUACAUUUUUCAUUCUCUUUCUAAGGGCAGUGAGCCAUGUAUUUCAGAUGCACACUAGAAAGAGAAGGUAUGACCUUGAUGAGGUGAGCAUACACACACACACACACACACACACACACACACACACACUUGUGUCUCCCUGUGUGUGUAAUUAAACGUGCUGUUACCAGCAGUGCAGUAGCCCUGCACCUACGUAGAUCGAAUAACAAUAUAUACCAUUUGGGCUGCUACCCUUUUUAAUUAAAAAGAGAAUACAAUUAGGUGCCUAAUGAAUGAAUUAACAGCUUCAGAGUGGAUUAUAUGUGAUGCAGGCAAAAAAACCCUCCAACCUCAAUCCUUCCCUCCCCUUGGCGAUAAACCGAUAAUGUAACUUAGCAUUUGAUGAAGUAUGCAGCUGUCCAGGUCCUCCUUUAAGUGAAGGAAGGCCCUUAUUGCAAAGCAAGCCUGCCACUAUACAUUUCUCCUGUUUGAAGCAACAGAUAAAGCCAGUGAGGAUUUGUAAUCCUCCAGUUUUAGAAACGAGUCAGUUAGAUGCAUGAGCUGAACUACAAAGCCUUGCCACCAACUUUGAAGUCCACUUGGCUUCAAAGGGCCUUCCUCGAAACCUGCUUUGAUUGUGCAAAGUGCAUGUUAAGAGGAACCAGGAAAAUACAAGGCAGCACCAGGCGUGGCUGCAUCUUCAAAUAAAAAUACAAAAUGUUAUGGGGGGGGUCAGGGAGGGAGUCUUGUAAUCCAAAAUGAAAACUUCAUAGCCAUGUUUGCCAUAAUGCAAAUCUCAGUUAAUGAUGCAUUUGUUGGUCCAGUUCACACAUCACCAGUGGUUUGAUGUGAAUGAGCAGUGUGCUGGUGCACACUUCUCAAAAGUGCUCGUGCUCCCACUGCAUGGCAAACAAAGCAAUCCAGAGUCCAGCUUCUUUGUUUCCUGAAACAAUCUUCAAAUACUAGGUUUAUUCGUUUGGAGAGAAACAAACCGCGAACCCAGAUCUGGAUGGUGGAACAAGUCCAGCUCUUGCUUGUUCUGUCCAUGGUACAGCAACAGAAGAAGUGGGGGAUAGGGCUGCCAUAUGACUGGAUUUUCCCGGACAUUACCGGGAUUUGAAAGGUGGAAGUGACGUCUGGGGGGAAUUUUCAGGAGGUGGUGGUUUGUCCUGGAUCUUUGGCAAGGAAAAAGUGUGUGUGUGUGUGUGUGUGUGUGUGUGUGAAAAAGAAAAUCUCAGGACUUCCGGGGUGGCGCCUCCGGAAAAUGGCGGAAUUCCCUUCGGACUGAAGGGAACCCACUGCACGGAGGCUUGGGUCCUGCCGCUACGGCGCAGCGGGGACCCGCAAAAACCACAGGCGGAAGAAGCCUGUGGACGUGGGACUCGGCGGGCACCGAGAGCGCUCUCUCCCCUUGUACAGGAGCUCGGUAACGGGCUCCGGAGCGGGGGUGCGUGGUGCUGUGAGUCGACUGCUUCCUCCGUGCAGCAAAGCCGCACUGCCGUUAUCAGAGAGCGCUGCCUUUUUCCUGGACAAUUUGGCAUCUAAAAUAUCUAUCCGUGAGUACCUGAUCUUGGAAGAGCUGAACCACUUUUAAGACUGGUGAAUAAACAAAUAAUAUUGGACUUGAAAUUGAACUUAAUUGGGACUCGGAAUGGGAAGGUCUAAACAGGAAGUCGCCUUCCGUUCUUUUGUUAUGUGAAGAAAGCAAAGACAAAAUAUAUUAAAGCUUGAAAAUUAAAUUCUAAGAGAACUAGAAUUCAACAUCUAAGAUUUCUGAACCCCCCCUUCGACUGCAGGAGAAGAAGGGGGUUGUAUUUGGACUCUUCAAUCCUGCGGAAGUGAGUUUAAAAUAAAGCAAUUUUCCACCGCCCUGAACCAGGAGCGGGCUGUCAGAAUUGACGUUCUGAAGUUUAUCUAGCUCGACAGUUAGUUAAAAGAAGGGUAACAUUUUGAUUCUACUGUUGCCUCUUGAAUUUGGAAGGGGGAAUUUUGGAUAAAGUGUUUCUGGAAAAAGAAAGAUUGUUGCUGUUGCUUUUAUUCCUUUUAAAAAAAUAAAAAUAAAAAUUUCCAUCUAGUGGAAUUUAGUGAAAUUGCAACGUAGAGAGACUAAAAGAGAAGGACUAUUGGACUAUUGUCGUGGGAAAGAAUUUUCUUUGACCUUGAAGAACAAUGCUAGUACAAAGGCUUGAACAAUUGUUCCUGGAAGGUUUUUCAAAACUAAGUGCCCAGCUGGACCAGAUGCGUCAGGAGACGACCUUGAUGAUGGAAGUCACCAGAGCACAGCAGCAAACAAAUGAAAUUCAGUUAAAGGCUAUACAAGUAUAUGAACCUGCUGUAGUGACGGAGGCUUCAGAGAUGGAGGGACCUUUGGACGGGCAAGAUCAGCCUUUGAACUUGACAAAUGAACUUGGGACAAACCAGAUUCGGAAAGAUGAAAUGUGGUUAGAUUUGGAAAUGGGGGGAUGGAUCGACCCCCCUCCAUAUGGUUAUUUGGACCUUCCGAGUCUGGUGAUGGGCUAUCAGAGGAUUGGAGCAGCCGAAGUCUCCAAGCUUUGUGGAAAUCUGAAGUGGUAUUACUUGCUGUCUGGCUUGGGCAAUGGGUUUGGGAUGGACUUGCCGCAAAGGGUUAAAAGCAUUUUCUUGCUGGAGCAUCCACGACUGGAAGGGAAUUAUCAACAAGAGUGGCGAAAGGGGCAAGAAAGAGACUUGAGGGCCUCGGAUACGAGACAACCAGGUUAAGAGGUUAAAAGGACUGACAAUCCCGGGUCCAGGGGAGGGGAGGUUGGAAGCUGACUGGACUGAAUUUGACUUAUUAUUUUUUCCUUUUUAUCUUUUAAUAUUGGGAAUGCUUAUAAAUGUUUGAAGGAUGUUGAAUGAAAUUACAUGGCUUAAGUAAGGAUUGGUAAAUGAUUCGUAAAAAGGUUUAAAGUUUUUAUAUGACAAGAGGGAAAAUAGAAUAAGGAAACGUAAUGACAGAUUGUUAUGAAAAAAUAGAAAGGAUUUGCUGUAAAAAUUAAAAAUUAAGAAACAAAAGAGGGGAGGAGGAGGAAGUCUAGAAAGGAAGUCAAUAGAGAUUGUAAAGGACUUCAUAUUUUUGUUUUUCUGUUUCUCUUUUUUCUUCUUUGCGGCUGGGUUUUCUUUUCUUUUUUGUUUAUGUACUAUUUUUGUUUUUUGUAUCUUCAAUUUUUUUUCUUUUUUCUUUUUUUGGAAAUUUUUGUUGUUAUUCUUUGAAAAUUUAAUAAAUAUCAAUUAGAAAAAAAAAUGAAAAAGAAAAUCUCAACAACUUUCGGGGUGUCCUGGUUUUUACUUUUUGAAAUAUGGUAACCCUAGCAGGGGAUGAACACUGCAAGAACUUAUGAGCAGCAUGCAGUAGCGGCUGGUUUGGUGGGGCAGAACUGCAAAGUGUCCCUCCUAAGACAGGUGACACUACAGUUUACCAACAUGGUGUGGAGCAGGGUGGCUCACUUAUGAAAAUCUUCUGUAUCCCUGCCCCCCAAACCCUCUGCUCACAAAUGUUUGCAGUUGUUGCCCUCCUGUUUAUGCUUAUCUAACGUAAACUGAUUUCCUGUAUAGUCAUUAUUGCUUUAAAAUGAUUCCACAAUUAUGGGACACUGGGUUAUGACUAUUUUCUCAGCUUCUGGGAACAUCAGACAAGGCCUGCUGAGUUCAGACCAAAGACUUAUCUAGUCCAGUUUUCUGUUCUCAUAGUGACCAACCACAUGCUUUCAGGAAACCCACAAGGAACUUAUUAGGGCUGAUGGAAAAUUCCCUACCCCAAUCAAAUACCCCAAUUCAACUCAUAGAGGGUGAGUUGGAAAAGGGCAUUUUACCAAUUUCCAGGAAGAUGAGGUAAUUCUGAGAAGAGGGAAGAAGAGGGAGGUAUGUAUGUAGUAUGGUGGAGCAGUGGAUUCCUUCUGAUUCCUUGUCUCAGGGGCAGGGGGAGAGUAAUGGAGAUUAAGAUUAAGGAGCUGGUCACCCAGAAUGAAAGCUCUGCUGAUGGAGCACUGAUGAGUUCCCUGCUCCAAAAAGAUGCACUAUGUAGGUUUGCACUAUGACGUUCCACACAGAAUGUAUUUCUGGAGGUGGGAAAUCAUGGCCACUGGCUGCCCAUCAGAAACCACUUGUCAGCAGAACUCUUGCAAGUGACUGGCCAGCUAAGUGUCCUCCCAUAAUGGACAUAGAACAAAAAGGGGGGGAAGGGAAGACACCACAUGUGUAAACUAAAUCUGCAGCCUUCCACUUCCCCUUGAACCACCUUGUAGAUUUUCUUUGUGCCAGCUCCAAAAUCAGUUUCCGAUUUCAGGUUUGCCAUCACUCAGCACCAGCACUCCAAAUUGCCAAAACAAACUGGGAUUGUGUGGGUGGGGUUUGUUUGUUGUUGUUGUUGUUUUGGUGUGUUUUUUUGCAAACCAGGAAACAGCUGCAAAUUGCACUAGAUAUCCUAAAACCACAAGCCUGUUUCAUCUUGUUGUUAAGCGCUAGAGUUCUUCAACAGUGUUCCCUGAAACAAGAGGUUAUGUGGGAGUUAACUAUGUUCACUAUAAAGGACGAUUAAGAGGUAAUCUAGAUAAUUGCAAAGUAAUUAGGUUGUAGAGUGGCUUUGCGUCAUUCUAAGUGGAAUGGGUAGUUUUGGUGACGGUAGUGUUCAGACAUUAGUGUGAGUAACAGUUAGUGGGCUGUACAAAAUCUGUUAAAGCACAAUCAGGGAAGAAUUUUAGGUUAUUUUUCUUUUUAGAUAACGACACUUCGCAAAAUGGUUCAUCAAAAUGAAUGGAUUUAUAUUGUCACUGGCUAGGCAUUUAGUUCUGAAUUCAUCCCUCUUGAAGUCAGAUCCUGCAUGGUAUGAAGACAUUUUGAUAUGAUCACACUAAAAGAUCUGAUAUUUGAACAUGUUGACCUUUAAGUAAUACACACAAACAUACACAAACAAACACACACACACACACACACAGGACCGGCAGAGUGAGGCAGCUGCCUCAGGUGGAAAAUUCUGAGGGGCGGAAAUUGGCUAGAAAUGUGUGCCAUGUUGUCUGCCCUGCAUCUUCUAAGCUAGCUUGCUGCCCUCAAGUGUGGUGGAAGACUUCGUUUUAUCACCAUUGCUGCAAUAAGAUCCAACUACCAGUUUAGUCAGAUUUUGGGCACAGAAUGGGGAAUGCACCAUCCCUGCAAAUUCACCUCAGGCAGCAAAAUGGCUUGAGCUGCUCCUGGUGAACAGUGAAAUAAAUUCUGUUGAUCUUUACCAUUGCAGCUGAAACUUCGUGAGCUGCCAUUGCAAAUCCUCUGCCCGCAGGGCACCCAAGAAUGACUCCUAUCCUUUGAGCCAUGUCGCAGCAGGAUCCUGUCUUUGAAUGCAAGCACCUUUGAUCCCAGUGAAACCUAUUUCUGACUAAACAUGCAUGAGUUUUGAACUCUGUGAUUCCUUGAGGGAUUCCUGUUUUGUGUUCUCCAGGGUUCACACUGUUUCUGAAAAGAAUAGGCUCCUAUUCCCUCUUUCCCUCUUGCUCCUGAUGUAGCUCUUCACUCACUCCUUCUUCCCUGGCAGGGGAGGCGCCAUUUUGUGAUUCACCUCAGGUGCCAAAAUGCCUUGGGUCGGUCCUACACACAAAUACAAUUCUUUGACAAUAUACUAUGAAACUUGGGUGGGUUUUUUCUUCUUUCUUUGUUGUACCAAAGUUGUAUAUUUGUUAGCGGAAGGACCGCAGCUCAGUGAUACAGCAUCUGUUUUGCAGAUGAUCCCAGGUUCAAUCCCUGGCAGCUCUGGGUAGGGCUGGUGGAGAGCUCUGCCUGAAAUCCAAAAAAGCUGUUUCCAGUCAGUGUAGACAGUACUGAGCUAGAUGGACCAACAGUCUGACUUGGUAUAAGGAAGCUUCCUAUGUUUCUAUGUAUAUGCAAUGGUACCUCUGUUUUAAAACGUCUCUGUUGAUGAACGUUUCGGAACUCAAGCGCCAUAAAUGCUUCCAUUUUUGAAUGUGCCUCGGAAGUCGAACUUUCAAGUCGGCUUCCUAAUAAUAAUAAUAAUAAUUUAUUAUUUAUACCCUGCCCAUCAGGCUGAGCCUCCCCAGCCACUCUGGGCAGCUCCCAAACAAGUGUUAAAAACAGUACGGCGUUUUCCGUUUUGAGUUUUCUGUUUUGAGGCUUCCAUAUUGAGUUUUUGGUUUUCAAACGUUUCAGAACUCGAACGGUCUUCCAGAAUGGAUUACGUUCGAAAACUGAGGUACCACUGUACAUUAUUGAUAUAUACUCGGAGUAGAGAGUGGAUUUCAUGCUCUUUAUUCAGCUCAUAGUGGUGAGGAGGAAUGGAAUUUCUGCUUUAUAUACAUUAUUUACACAAUAGGCCCCACGUGAUUGGCUAAUUCCGGGAUUCACCUGUAGGCCAAUCAGGUUGUGGAUUCACUUCCACCUGGAGCUGGAUUGGGUGGCUCCUGUGGACCAAUCAGACUGCUGCAUUCUGAAUCCUAUUCAACUCAGGUGUAAACCCCUUUGUGUCUGUGUGUGUUUGUAGCUACAUCUGUUGUGGAAACACACAAAAGGUGAACAUUCUUGAAACGUUCCUUUUUUCCUAGAGAAUAUUCUGCCUGCCCCACAAAAAACUACUUUAAAUCCAGACUCCAGACAUUUGGUGCACUUAUACUGUAAGUUCUUUUUAUGACAGGAUUUUAAGCACUUCCUUAGAACUUAAUCCAAUUAAUGGGUAUUUUUAAAAGAUGAUGAUGAUUUAGGAUACUUCUACUUCCUUCACAAGCCAUGAAUAUUCCCUUCCAUAUGUUCUUGUGUUUUACAUCUUCAGUUGUCAAUAUUCAUCAAAAAAUCCACACGUUUUUGUCUAACAUCCUCUUAUUUGGUUGCACUCCCCUAUUGUAUGUUGUAUAUUAGUGCAACCCUAUGCAUGCUUACUCAGAAGUAAGUCCAGCUGUAUUCAAUAGGCCUUAUUCCUGGGUAUGUGUGUUUAGGGUUACAAUCUAAGUUGCUCUGCUUUGACACUGAUAUAUGUUGAAGUCUACUUUUCAUUGUCCUCAUAAAGAGUCACUUGCAGAGCAGAAUAAUGAGCCAUUAAAGAACAUUUAUCACCUGCAGCCUUAGUAUCUAUGACUUGAACACGUUUCAGCUAAAGAGGCCAUAAUAUGUCUGUGAUAAAUAUUUUUGAGAACUUUACUGAGCCUACCUGGGUAAGUAACGUCAACAAUCCAGCAAAGCAGAAAGAGCUCUUUCCCCCUUUAAAAAAAAAAAAAAUUAGCCACCAAGAUGUAUCUGUAAAGUGCACACUACUUUGUGCAAUGGAUGGUAAUAAGCUCAAGAGCUGCAAUCCUGAUUUGUUUUCUGUGAGGUGUCUUUCUCAGUAAAUUCUUUCUGGGAAAGCUGUGGAGUUAAAUGAGAGGGUUGCCUCAUAUUGCUGCUAUUUGUGUAAUGGCUUUAAACAUACAGCAUCUCAAAAGUCCUCCUUCACUCAAAACUGCACAAAAAUUAUAUGUAACUGAGUAAGGUGAGGGCACAGCAGUUAUUUUACGGCUUCUGUGGUCUGAUCUCGUAGCUCAGCAUUUCUCUCCAACAAGAAACAAGGGGACAAGGAGUCCCACAUUUAUUCACUGUAAAGAAAUCCCACUAAUGGAUUUUCUGCAUUGGCUGUGGGUUGGAUUUGACUACCUUUGAGGAAUCAUCCAAUUCUGGCAUCAUCAUUUUUUUCUGCUGUUAUUUAAGAUGUUUUCUUUUUGAGAUUUUAGUUUGAUAUAUUGGAUUUGUUUUUAACUCAUGAUUAUAUUGAUCACCUUGAAUAGUUGGGUAGAAGAGAAAGGUAGGGUGGCUGUAUUUUAAAUGAGUCACUAAAAUAUUUCAAGUGUUCAGGAAGAGAGAUGUCUUCACCCUAAGUAGCCAUGCCUUUCCUCCCAUUGUUCCCAGUCAGCUGCCUCCCUAUUUCCAAAUGUGCCACAUUGCUAAGAAAAAAAAGGGGGGAAACGAGAAAGCAUAAAAAUUGGAUCAUCAAUAGCCCAACUAGCUUUGAAACUACAAUUAAUCCAGAAUGCAGCAGCUAGACUGGUGACUGGGAGUGGCUGCUGAGACCAUAUAACACCGGUCCUGAAAGACCUACAUUAGCUCCCAGUACAUUUCCGAGCACAAUUCAAAGUGUUGGUGCUGACCUUUAAAGCCCUAAAUGGCCUCGGUCCUGUAUACCUGAAGGAGCGUCUCCAUCCCCAUCAUUGAGCCCAGAUACUGAGGUCCAGCUCCAAGGGCCUUCUGGUGGUUCCCUCCCUGUGAAAAGUGAGGUUGCAGGGAACCAGGCCUUCUUGGUAGUGGCGCCCGCCCUGUGGAACACCCUCCCAUCAGAUGUCAAGGAAAUAAACAACUAUCUGACUUUUAGAAGACAUCUGAAGGCAGUCCUGUUGAGGGAAGUUUUUAAUGUUUGAUGUUUUAUCAUGUUUUUAAUAUUCUGUUGGGAGGCGCCCAGAGUGGCUGGGGUAUAAAUAAUAAAUUAUUGUUAUUAACAAUUUAGUGUACUGUCUAUGAACAUAGAGGAUGUACUUUUGGUAUUAUGACUUUGUAGUCAUUUCUAUACUGCUGUUCCAUGUAUUUUAACCAAUUACCUAUAUAUACUAUUAUAUUAGUAAGCGUCGUCAUCGCAACAUCCUAGGAAUCCACAGAUUAAUUAUGUGAAGAAGUACUCACAGCAACCCUGUGGAAGGGACUAUUAAAGUCCCUAAAUGAACCUAGGGUUUCCACAGCAACCAAAGCAAAGUGUCCAUUUAAAUCCCAAAAUAAACCCACCCCACCCCCCGUCAGACAGUCCAGGCAUACAAAUCUAGCCUAAAUGCGGUCCUGAAAGAGAAUAAUAUUUCUGCAGUGCCAGUGAAAAAGAAAUAGCUAUAUUUUUGUUCAUUGUGCAUAAAUAUUAUUUUAUUUUAUUUUAUAUACAUACAUAGAAUGGAUUAGCUCAGCUGGACACAGCUUAACUUCUGAGUCGGCAAUGAUAGUUACAGCUGAGAUUGUCGGUUUUAGGUAAUGAGUAUCUGUUGAACAUUGCAAGUGUUUUACAAUUCACACAGGCACAAUAUAGCAUUGUUUGUUUCUCUGGACAGGAAGCAGUAAAGUUAGGCUUGCCAUACAUCCAGAAAAUUCCAGACAUGCACAGUGGUACCUCAGGUUACACACGCUUCAGGUUAGAGACGCUUCAGGUUACAGACUCCCCUACCCCAGAAAUAAUACCUCGGGUUAAGAACUUUGCUUCAGGAUGAGAACAGAAAUCGCACAGCAGCGGCACGGAGGCGGCGGGAGGCCCCAUUAGCUAAAGUGGUACCUCAGGUUAAGAACAGUUUCAGGUUAAGAACAGACCUCCGGAACGAAUUAAGUUCUUAACCCAAGGUACCACUGUACAGAAAUCGGACACCUAAAAUAGCAUCCGUGGAAAUUUGUUGAAGGUUAAGAAAUCUCCGUAAUUUCCCGAAUGUAUGGCAACCCGCCCCCCUCCCAUUUUUGUUUUUUUAUUUCCUGGGGAGGCUGCCCCAGCAGCAGCAGCAGAAGUGACAAAAUGUCACUUCCCUUAGCCGGGGGAGGGGGGAGUGAGGAGGCUGUGGAGGGAGGGAGGCAACAUAGCGGUCUAGCUGCCCCUAGCUGGUUGAAAAAGGGACUCCAUGCCGGGGUGUCCUGCGGAGUCAUGGUGGCGGAGGCAGCUAGAGGGGGUCUGCAGCUGGGCACUCAGGAGCUGCUGGCACAGCCACCUCGCCUGAGGGGGUUGAGGUGGCCGUGUUAGUUCCGCUCACCCAUCAGGCACAUAAAAAGGUAAAGGUACCCCUGCCCGCACGGGCCAGUCUUGCCAGACUCUAGGGUUGUGUGCUCAUCUCACUCUAUAGGCCGGGAGCCAGCGCUGUCCGCAGACACUUCCGGGUCACGUGGCCAGCGUGACAAGCUGCAUCUGGCGAGCCAGCGCAGCACAUGGAACGCCGUUUACCUUCCCGCUGGUAAGCGGUCCCUAUUUAUCUACUUGCACCCGGGGGUGCUUUCGAACUGCUAGGUUGGCAGGCGCUGGGACCGAACGACAGGAGCGCACCCCGCCGCGGGGAUUCGAACCGCCGACCAUGCGAUCGGCAAGUCCUAGGCGCUGAGGUUUUACCCACAGUGCCACCUGUGUCCCAUAACGUCAGGAACAUGGCUGCAAGCAAAUCCUCAUAUUGUCAGGGUGGGCUUCAGCCAUUCAUGGCCACCGUCCACUUUCAGCUGCAGCACCAUCAAGGCGGAGAUGGGGGCCAGGCAGGGAACAGUGUGUGCGUGUGCACAGGAAAGAGUUUAAACGAGACCUGGAUAGGCCUGAAUAGCGAGGGCAGCAAACUGUGAGGAAGGGGAACAUAACCGGCUGUGGUAAGUUUGGGGGGGAAGGUUGCAGUGCCUCAACACACAUUUCUGAGGGCUGUUGGGGGCCUGAGCAGCUGGGUGGGGUGUAGUAGAGAGGAAAGUAAGGUGGGGGCCGUGUUGGAGAAAGGGGUGCAAUAGAGCCUGGCCAUUUUCAUGGGGGGGGUCUCCCAGGGGUUUUUCACGCUUAAAAAAAAGUUGGGGGGAAUCCCUUCCUUCUCUGCUCUAAGAAGAAGAAGAAUUGGCUCUUGGAGAUUCUGGGGCUCAACAACUUUGGGGUGUCAGGAAUUUUACAUUUUUUAAAAUAUGGCAAUCCUAGUAAAGUAGAACUUAGUUGUCAGGGAACUGCCAUCGGAGCUGGAAGCGGAGGGAAGGCUCCAAAGGGAUGGCGGAGAGGGUCCCAGUAGGGAGAGAGGGAGCCCGUCUGCUGGGGAAGGAAAUCAGCGUAACACCAGUAGAGAAGGGGGCAGAUGGGGGAAUCGGGGAGAAGGCUCCAAGACUCCUCGCCAGAGACCAGCGGAGAGAGUACGGGUACUCCACUGCCCACACCUUCCCUGCGCAGAAGACUUCCGCGCAGGGAGAGUAGGAGGAGACUUGGCGUCAAUGAACUUUUGUGCUGGAAGAAGUUUAAGAAACGCCCACUGACGGAUUCUGCCAGCGACUGAGACAGUCACGAUGCUGGAGGCUGUUCAGUCAGAAAGGGUUAACCAGGUAACCUAGCCAGGAGUGGCGGCAACUUACGCACGAGCAACCCCUAAACCCAUUACAUUAGUGAAGUGUGAAACUAAGCCAGUGAACAGUCCAUGAUUAUAGUGCAUAAUUGUGAGGGUCGGAAAUGUAAUGCGUUGACUAUCAGCAAGGCUAUUUUGAUGUGUGCUGACCUGCUUGUUUUCAAAUAGAUCAAUUGUGUUAACUAAUUUUAAUAUUGAUUGUAUUUUUUUUUAUAUUCUCAGUCUCCUAUACAAAAAAUACACCCUCCCAUGAUGAUGGCCACCAACUUGGAUGGCUAUAAGAGAGGAUUAGGCAAGUUUGUGGAGGAAAAGUGGUCAGAAACUAUGGUGGUUACGUUCUUCCUCUGUGGUUGGAUGCAGUAUGCUUCUGAAUACUAAUUGCUGGAAAAUGCAGGAGGGGAGACAGCUUAUGCGCUCAGGUCCUCCUUGCAGGCUUUCCACAGGCAUCCGAUUGGUCACUGAGAACAGGAUGCUGGAAUAGAUGGGCCACUGGUCUGAUCCAGCGGGGCUUUUCUUAUGCAUGCCUUCUCCCCCGCCCUGCUCCACCAAAAGGUUCUUUACUUUUUAUUUUUGCUGCUGCUGCAAGCGACAACAGCUGCCGCCGUGUUGGCAGCCUAGCUAUCAUUCUGUAUCAUUCAUACUGUACUGAGCCUAGUGUCAUUCCAGGAUGGAGGGUGAGGGGUUUGUGUUUGUCUCCUGCCAGAAAACAAUAGCGAAUAAUAUACAGAGAAGGUCCUGAAAGAUUCUCACCUUCUUCUCUAGAAGAAGAGUGAGAGAGGAAAACCUCAGCAUAUUUCUCAUGGGGGUAAAAAGUCUUCUGAGAAAUUUCAGCUCAGCUUGUUGCUUCCAGGAUCGCACCUGAAUUGCUUCACAUAUGACAAUCAACACAAGCGACUUCCAUUCAGUGAGAUUCUUUGGCCAUUUGAAUUUGAGCAAUUGUUUCUGUGACAUUAAUAAAUUUCAGGCCUCCAAAAGCACAUAAUGGAAACACUUGCAAAUGAGGAAACAAUCACAAUUGUGACAAAAGAUGGAUUUCUUGUUUUUUUGUUUCUUCCCCAUAAAUUGUUUCUAAGGGUAUCAGGUAAAAAUUUAGAUUGCUGCAUACUGCUCUUGAUAUUAAAUUCAAGAGCCAAGGCUGAGAAAGGACAAGGAAGGACAGGUAUUUGCAUUAUGAUUCUUGAAUAGCACAUUAAGUCAGAUAUUAAACAACAAAAAUGGAUCUAUAAAAUGCAGGGAAAUGUGGUGAGGGGGCAGGUGAACUUUCUGGGAGUCAAGCUGGCAAGACAUAGGUCUGUCUAUGCCAACCUGAUGUCCUCCAGAUGUUUUGUUCAUUUAUUCAAAAGCAUUUCUAAAAAUCUUUUAAGUAUUUAAACAUUUAAAAAUAUUUUGAAUAUUUAAAAGCAGUAUACAGAACUAACAGGAAUACAAUAAAACAAUAUCACAAAACAGCAUUAUAAAAACAUGUAAAACAAUAAUUCAGAAACAGCAGGGUCCAACCUUAUGGAUUGUGGAAAGUCUGGACAAAAAUAUAUGUAAUCACAAGACAUCUAAAUCAAGGAAUAGAUGAUUCAUAUGUGGCAGGGAGAAGGACAUUCAAUGGUUACCAGUUCAUUAAGGGAGGGGAUUGUCUCUAUUGCCUUGAAUGAGAUGGUGGUACCACCACUCUUAAAGAAGCUGUCCCUGGACCUAUUGGUCUGGACUAAUUACUGACCACUCACAAAUACUGCCUUUUUAGGAAAGGGGUUGGAGUGGGCCAUGAUGGGGCAGCUACAGGAAUUCAUGGAUGACAUGGAUUCUCUAGAACCAUUUCAAUACGUGUUCAAAUCAGCCUUGGUCAUUUGGAUAGAUGAUAGUGUAGGUGUUGGCAUACGUACCUGUUCCAGAAUAUCUAGAGGCACUGUUUGACAACUGAAAGCUCUUUGAAAUUGCAAUGAGGCCCAUACAGAAUACAUUCCUGUUGCCCCACAUUGUUCAGUUACAGGAAUGUAACUACAGUACAUAUGUGUGUGCAACACUUUUAUAGCCCUGACAAACUUUCUCUUCACCCCCUUUUUUUUGUUUUAAUUAGGUAAAAAUGCAAAGAAUUUUUCAAGCCCUGAAGGAUGAUUUGAACAUCUGCCCUCAUCUGCCAGAUUCUCCUGUCUGUUACACUUGCUUGAAGCACAGGAGAAGCUGUCUCAACACAGCCACCACUUUUUAAGUCACAAAUGGUCUUCUGAAGCAUCGGACUCAAACAAGCAUAACAGACUUUAUAAUAAGAAAGGAAGAAAAUUUACAAUGUAGAGAGCCAUUCAGAGUACUGUAAACAUUAAUGAAACUUAAAUUGAAUCACUGUACUAUCUGAAGAGAAUUGUGGUUGAAUCCUAGAUUUCUCCUUGCAAACAUUUUUUAGAUUCUAUGUACUAAUACAGUGGUGCCCCGCAAGACGAAUGCCUCGCAAGACGGAAAACUCGCUAGACGAAAGAGUUUUCCGUUUUGGAGGUGCUUCGCAAAACGAAGCUCCUAUGGGCUUGCUUCGCAAGACGAAAAUGUCUUGCGAGUUCCUGCGGUUUUUUUCCCCUUCCCCCCCCUUUUUCUAAGCCGUUAAGCCGCUUAUCUGCUUAUCCGAUAAGCUGAUAAGCCGCUAAAAGCCGCUAAUAGCGCUAAUCCGCUAAUCCGUCAAUGGGCUUGCUUCGCAAGACGAAAAAACCGCUAGACGAAGAGACUCACAGAACGGAUUCUUUUCGUCUUGCGAGGCACCACUGUAGUUAACUCAUUCUGACUGUUGGUAACAACAUCAUUCUUACACAAAAGGGAGUGGUCAGUAGGCUUGGGGGAACUCUAAACCACCCUCAGUCCACAGGUCAGCAACUAUCCGAACAGCCUCCUUCCAAGGAUCAACUUGCCAGAUGCAGUAUUGCUAUUUUCUAGACGAAAGCAAAAACAAUUCUGAUCCAGUCUUUGUGCUAAUUUUUCCUGGAAUGAAUAAUGUAGGAACUCAUCACUGGCUACUUCCAGACGCAAUGAAUACAUCAUUCCUUCCUUCCCAUCAUUGAGUAUAAUUUUAUGUUCUGAAAGAAGUUGGUUUGAGCAGAGUCAUGUGAAUGAGCUAACAAGGACAUAAAUUGAAGGACCAGGAGGCACAAGGAGAAGCUGAAAAUGAACUGGCUGCAUUUUAAAAGUUCAUUAGGAGAACUGUACAAAACGAAAGAAGGAUGCAACUGUUUCAGUCAACUGUGGUUAAAACUCAAGCUAAGUAUAAUGAAAUGGUCAUUAUCAUUAAAAUGAUUUUAUUCUCUC